AGAUGCUUGCCUCUUCGACUAGCAGCAGCAGCAGCAUUCAGGGCAGCCGCCUGGCGAGGGAAGGCGGGAGGGAGCCUCUCGCCUUGAUUGGCGAAGAGCUCCGCCGCCCCUUCGAGCUGCGCGGGUGUUCCCUGGCUGGCCAGCGCUUGCCUGCCGCCCGCCCUCUUCCUUUGCCCGGCACCAGCCAGUAAGUAGCUCCCGAAAGGGCGGGCGGGCGGCGGCGCCUGCAGAGCAGCAUCGCGGCGGCCGCGGGUCCACGCCAGCAUGUCCAGCAAGGGCAAGAGGACCAAGGAGCAGGGCAGCCGAGUGACCUUCCCCCUCCAGCAGCAGCAAGGAGGCGACGACGGGGAGGAUGAGGGGGCGCCCGAAGCGGAGCAGCAGCGCUCCAGCCGGGGCUGGAGGGGAGUCAAUGGGGGGCUGGAGCCCCUCCAUCAGCAGCAGCAGGCGGUGAAAACCCACCGGGAAACCUACGGCUGCUACCCGCCCUCGCCGAUGCUGGGCAGCAUGUAAGUCCGAUGCCCCCCACCCCUAGCCGUCCUCCCCGAGGGUUAGGUCAACGAGGGAUUCGGGGGGCGGGGAGCGCCCCCAGUUUUGGACGGGAAGGGAUCCGCGGUUGGUCUCCGUCGGAGGCUUGGGGAUCAAAGUACUGUAUGGGGAUUUCUCUUCCUCUGGCUCCUGGGCGACAAAGCGAUCCGGAUCAGCUUUCCUGGGUUUAUGAGAGAGAGGGGCUCAUCCUCCUACUCCCGAGGAGACGGUGGCAAAGCAACAGGACCAGGAACUGUUGACUGUCGUCGAGGGAGGAUCUGGUUAAAGGGGAUCCCACUUGGUUGGGCUCCAGGUCGAAAAGCUUAAAAGGCUAGCAGCGGAGAGAGAAAAUAAGGCUGCCAAGAGUUGUCUCCUCAUAAGACUGGGCAGGGUGUUUUCACAUGGGGGCUCCAUGUUGUAAAUGGGUUAUGGCAAUGGAGUCAUUGAAUUUGACAACAGGUGUUUUUUAAAAAUAAUAGUAGUAAUAAUAAUUGAAUUUCCCUAGAAAGGGUAAAUCCACAUUAAAUGGGGGUGAGGAUAUGGGCUGGCAUUUCGGCACCAAUUAUUUGCAUAGAUGCUGCAAAAAGCGAUGCCUCAAUAAAUACCUGUCUGAGUUGGAAAGUGAACUAUUUUAUUCAGCAAGAAAGGAUAGACAUCAGGUGUGGGUGGGUGCAGGGGUUCCUGCCUGCCGUAGUUGUUAGUUGCUACUACUGUUUGUUGGGAUUCUGUGUUCUCUGCAUUCUGGAGUGUAGUCCUGAUCCACUCCACUGAUUGCUCUUGCAGUUUGCAUUAGGAGUUGGAUUGAGUGUGUCUGUACCUGCAGCACUCUGGUUCCAGUCCAUUUUGUCCCCGAAAAUGAAUCUUUCUGCAUUUUCUGUCAAUAUGCACUUUUUUCUUUACAGAAUUGCUGACUCCAUUUUAAAGGUAUUACCAAAGCAAAAACUAACUUGCUCAAGAAUUCGCUCCUACGAGAGGCAGCGGCGGCCACCAACAUGGAUGGCUUUGAAAGAGAAUUUCAUGGAGGAUAAUUCUGUCCUUCACAACUAGCCAUGGUGGCUAUACUGUACAGCUGCCUCCUUGUUCAGAGAUAGGAUGCUUCUGAAUAGUAGUAGCUGGAAACCGCAGGAGGAGAGAUUGGAGUUGUUCUCAGGUCCUGCUUGCAGGCCUCCCAUGAACAUCUGGUUGGUCACUAUGAGAAUAGGAAGCUGUACUAGAUGAGUCACUGGCCUGAUCUAGUAGGACCAUUCUUUACGUUAACUCAUCUUAUUCCUACCCCCCAAUUUGCUGCAAUUUGCUAAGGGGGGAGGUGGAACAUGUGUGUGGAAGGAGAACCUUGAGAGAGACCAUGAAGUCUCUGUGCUUAGUUUCUUCUGAAAGAAUUUAGAAGGUGAAAUGAGCAAAAGCUGCUCCUUGCAUGGGUUCAAAUUCACCGUACAGCACUGGGAGGUGACCUUUAUGAAGGAGAAAGGGAGGGACAAUUGCCAAGAGUAAGGAAGAGUCUCAAGAUGUGGGGCACUUUCAGAUAAGCUGUCCCCAACCAGUUAAAGAACUUUCUAAAAGGGUGGGUUAUAAAGUUGUAAAAAAUAAUAAUAAUGAAAUGAAGUGGGGACUUGGUUGGAGAGCCAGUGUGGUGUAGUGUUAAGAGUGGUAGACUCAUAAUCUGGUGAACCGGGUUCGUGUCUCUGCUCCUCCACAUGCAGCUGCUGGGUGACCUUGGGCUAGUCACACUUCUCUGAAGUCUCUCAGCCCCACUCACCUCACAGAGUGUUUGUUGUGGGGGAGGAAGGGAAAGGAGAUUGUUAGCUGCUUUGAGACUCCUUCGGGUAGUGAUAAAGUGGGAUAUCAAAUCCAAACUCCUCCUCCUCCUCUUCUUGGUUUGUAAGGGUAGUUGUAACUAUGGCGGCUAAUUUAGCACCAUGGUCAUUGCCCCCUGCUCAUGGAUUUUGCUAUUCAUUCUGGAUUCCCCAGGCAUUCACAUGGGGGGAGCACACUCUCUGUAUGUACUGAGGGUAUCUAACAGGACCGGCCAUACCAUUAGGCAGAGUGAGACGGCUGCCUCAGGUGGCAGAUGCUUAGGGCUGUGGGGCGGAUGAAGCUGUGUGUGUGCUGUGCAAUUUGGUCUGCACCUGCCAAACUAGCCUGCUGCCCUUAGGUGUGGUGGAAGAUGCUUUCCCAUUGCCUGUGUUGAUAUAAGAUGCAAUUGCCAGUCCAGUUGGCUUCUGAACAAGGAAUGAUUUAUCCUAGCUUAGCUUUUAUUUUAACAAUAUUGAUAUUUAUACUUAUAGUUGUUAUUGUUUUAAGCUGCUUUAGGCACACUUUGCCUGGAAAACAACAUAUAAAUAUUUUUAAAUACAGUGGUACCUUGGGUUAAGUACUUAAUUCAUUCCAGAGGUCCGUACUUAACCUGAAACUGUUCUUAACCUGAAGCACCACUUUAGCUAAUGGGGCCUCCUGCUGCUGCCGCACCGCCGGAGCACAAUUUCUGUUCUCAUCCUGAAGCAAAGUUCUUAACCUGAAGCACUAUUUCUGGGUUAGCAGAGUCUGUAACCUGAAGCAUAUGUAACCUGAAGCGUAUGUAACCCAAAGUACCACUGUAAUGGACAAGGGCCUUUGUCCCAGGCAGCAAAAUGGCUUGCGCCGGCCUCCGUUUCUUAUGCCCUGCUUGAGAACUCACACAAUGUACAAAUGUUGUAUCUCCAAAUAUUGCUGGACUGGCCAAAGGAACGAACGACGAACUCUGUGACGAACGACGAGUAGGACAACUGAGAAAUGGAGCUCUAAACAGGAGCCAAGAUUUACGGAGUGCAGUGGUUAGUACAGACCAGUCACCUUCUUGUGUGAUUUCCUGUCUCUUAAUGUUGCAUAGUGAAAAAUUGCAGGUCUGGGUGCACACCCACGGAAUAUAGAUGUCAGGGACUGGAAAGUGAAGCAUACAGCUGAGAAAAUGGCUCAGGCAGAAAAGAUGCUGGAAUAAUUGUAAAUGGGAUCAUUUCUGUUAGUGCUUGAGAGUUGACAUGCGAGGUUAGAAAAUGUCUCUUGGUGGAAUGAAAAAUGGAUUUCUGUUUCACCAGAGCUAAUGUGGAGCUGGAAAAAUAUUGAGGUCAGAGAUGGUUGGCAUGCAGUAAGCACAGGUGCCAAGCUUAAUUUGAGCCAGGGCUCACUGAAGCCUGGAAGAUGUGAAAUAACAAUUGAGAGUUCCUCAAUAAUUGAAAAAGGACACAGUGCCUUUCCCCUCACUACCGUGCAACCACGGCUGCUUCCCACAGACCUUGCAUUUUAUUUCAAGCCAGAGAAAGUGGAUUCUGGGCAGGUGGUCUUCAGGAACUAGCCACUGAUAGAUGCAUGUUUUCUUAUUUGAAUGUACUAUGUAGAAGUCUUGACAGUCCAACUCACAGACAACCAAGAGUCUUGUGGCGUUUUAACAACCAACAACUAACUAAUUCAUUGUGGCAUAAGCUUUAGUUGACUACAGUCCACUUUAUCAUAGAACUGUAGAGUUGGAAGACCCAGAGGAUCAUCUAGUCCAACCCACUGAAAUGGAGGAAUCUUAGCUAAAGCAUCCAUGACAAGUAACCAUCCAACUUUUGCUUAAAAACCGCCAAAGAAGGAGAGACCAGCUCUUACUGUCAGAAGGUUCUACUUGAUGUUUAGUUGGAAUCUCCCUUCUUGUAACUUGAAUCCAUUAGUUUGUGUCUUACUCUCUGGAGCAGGAGAAAACAAGCUUGCUCCAUCUUCCAUGUGAUAUCCCUUUAGAUAUUUGAAUAUGGCUGUCAUAUCUCUUCAGUUUCCUUUUAUCCAAGCUAAACAUACCCAACUCCAUCAACCAUUCCUCAUGAGGCUUGAUUUCCAGACCCUGAUUUUGGUCACCCUCCUCUGCACACGUUCCAGCUUGUUAGUAUCCUUAUAUUGUGGCACCCAGAACUGGACACAGCAUUCCAGGUAUGGUCUGACCAAGGCAGAAUAGAGCUGGACUAUUACUUCCCUUGAUCUGGACACUAUACUUCUGUUGAUGCAGCCUAGAAUAACGUUAGCUUUUUUUGCUGCUUUACUUCACUGUUGACUCAUGUUAAGCUUGAUGUAUGAAGUGUUAUCCUGAUUUCUAGAUAUAUAUGGAAGAGGCAGGAUUGUCAACAGUGUGUUCAGAGGAAGAGUGAAAUGCAGACGGUACAUAGGGAGAUAAACUUAACAUAGGCUGAUAGUAUAAUUACAGUGGUACCUCGGGUUAAGAACUUAAUUCGUUCUGGAGGUCCGUUCUUAACCUGAAACUGUUCUUAACCUGAAGCACCACUUUAGCUAAUGAUGCCUCCUGCCGCCACCACACUGCCGGAGCAUUAUUUCUGUUCUCAUUCUGAAGCAAACCCGAGGUUCUAUAUCUGGGUUAGCGGAGUCUGUAACCUGAAGCGUAUGUAACCCGAAGCGUAUGUAACCCGAGGUACCACUGUAUUAAAGCCUGUAUUUUCUUCAAGUCAUUUCCUUCUGACCUCACAGACCUAAUUGUUUUCUGUCCCUCUGACCCAUAUAUAUAUAUCAGGAUAACAUUGCAUAUAUCUGAUGAAGCUAACUGUAAUUCACAAAAGGCUAUACCCUGGCAACUUUGUUAGUUUUUAGGUGCCACAAGACUCUUUGCUAUCUUGCUGCAACAGAGGAAAUUGACAAAACAGUUGUUGAUAACCCUGCUGGAAAUUGUUAUAAUGGAAGUCCUAUUCAUGUCUACCCAGAAGUAAAUCUGUUGACUUCCUAAAUAAGCGUGCAGCAUAAGUUUAUGUUAGCCUUUUUCCUUUUUCAGUUUGUCUUGCUAUCCUGAGCAGAAGACAAAAGGCAGAAUUUAGAAAAGGCCAUGCAUAAAUUCUUAAACCCCACAGCCCACCAACCCCCAUGGAACAUGGGGGAAGCACAUAGCUCAGUGGUAGAACAGCUGCUUGGCAUGCAGAAAGUAUGUGUCACAUUCCCCAGUAUCUCCAAAUAGGGCUGGGAGAAACUCCUCCUUGAAUCCCUGAAAAGCUGGUGCAAGUCAGUGCAGCCAAUACUAAGCUACAUGGAACAACAAGCCGGUUCCUAUGUUCCUAUUGGAAGAAAUAUUCUUCAGCACCCCCUGGUGUCUGUCCUUCAUAGUCUCACAAAGCCAUAGCACUCCCUACAAAGUUGCUACUGGGCUACUUUCGUGCCUUUAAAAAAACAACACAACAACAUUUCCCCCCCAGAAGUCGGUCAUAGAAUUGGGAACAUUCUGGGCAGUUUCUGUUGGGUACAGAAGCUUAGCAAUCACUGACCUCUUUACAAAACCUAAAACAUUCCUUUCUCUCUCUGAUUUCAUGCAUUCUCAAGAAAGCUUUUAUUAAUAUUUGCAUUAAAUAGAUAUAAAAUCCUAAUAAAAAGGAACAUUUUAAAUGUCCAAACGAGAAGAGUUUAUGAAAAUGUGAGACAGCGGCUCAGUCUAGCAUGCUUUAAUAUCCUGUUGAAUACAUUUAAUUGACAUUGAAAGCAUUUGUUUAAUAGACCCAGAUGAGUCAGGGGUGUUUUUCUCAGACCACUAGAAUAGCUGCUGAGAAGCUCCACUUCCUGUGUCAGUUCAGGUCUUGCAGCCGUUCUGUUCUGCUGCCAGUAAAAAAAUAAAUUACCUUUCCUCCAAACUUUUUUUUGUAUUUUCACAUGGCCAAACAAAUUUGUCAAAGUGAAGAAUGUCACAUUGGGAAAAGAAAAGAGAUGGAGGACACUUAAAAGAAGAUUCUAAUUUGGAAGUUUUUGCUGUCGUCUGGAGCUUAUUUUUAUUUGGUAGUCUCUUUAUGGUCUUUACUAAAUGUACAAACAGGGAAGGAUGGCUUUCAAUAUUUUUGUAUUUAGACUUCUGGCCUAUCUUGUACAAAGUAUCCCCAAGGGACUCACAAUAUAAAGGCCUCUCUAUGUCUUGUUUAGGGGGAGUCCUUUGCCAGAACAUUCCAGCAGUGCUCCUGUGAAGCACUAUGUUUGUGGUAUCAUAGAUCUUGGGAAGUCAGACCAAUGGUCCAUGAUCUGGUAUAGCUCAGUUGGUAGAGCAUGAGACUCUUAGCCUUAGGAUUGUGGUUUGAACCCCACUCUGUCAUGAAGCUCACUGGUAACCUUGGGCCAGCCACAGCCUCCUAAUCUCACAGGGUUGUUGUAGGGAUUAACUGAGGACAGGGGUGAACAAUGUACACUUUAUGAAAAGGUGGGAUAUAAAUGCAAUAAAUAAGCUCUUCCAUGCACCUGCUCAAGAAAGCUGGCGGGGCCAGGCAGAUGGAGAUGUCAGCUGCCAAUCUGGCAUCCAGAAAUCUCCAUGUGGUGGCAAUUGGACACAUGCCAGUCACAGAAAAUGAAUUUCUAACACUGUUUAGAGCAACACUACUGUCUGCUAGCACUAUUAGAAUGCACACAACAGUAAGCCAUGAAAUGUACUUGGUGUUGGGGUUUUGGGUUGUUGUUUUUUUGCCCUUGUACUAUUUUAUUUUAUUGCAGAUGUAAGUGUGUUAUGUUAUGAUAGAUUUUCCAGACUAUCCCUGUAGCAUUACAGGGAGAAAGUAUGGACGGCCUACCAUAGCAUUUCCAGUUCUCCAUCAAUUAAUGUAUGGAGAUACCUUAAGUGAAAUAAGACAUGAGAUGGCAAAAGAGGGGAAGUGGAAGUAAAGAAAGAAGCAUAUUCAUUUCUAACUCCUCAUCUAUCAGCAUAAAAGGAGCAGUGCAAGGUUUCCUACUAACCACAUUCCCAUUUAUAUCCCCCUCCCUAAUUCCAACUGUUGUUUGCUCUUGUUCCUUUCCCAUAAUGGCUUAUUCUCUCAAACACCCACUCCAACCACUUCCUGUGCCCUGCCAUUUCAUACCCAGGGGAGAUAAAGAUUAUGAUUAAAUGUAUGCCAGCAAUUCAUUUUCUUUUCCUGUUUGUGGAGCAGUAAUACAUUUCUUCCCAAUGGUUUUUUAAAAAGCAAUAAAAUGCCUUGACUUAGAAUAAAUUUUUGCCUCAGAGAAUUAUCUUUUCUGUUUAUGGUGGGACAUAGCCUGGUUUCACUUUUCAGUAUUUUAGUCUUCAGGGAUAACUCUGUUUCAAUGUACACUUUAUGAAAAGCUUCUGUUAUGAGAUCUUUGUUUUGAGUUAUAAAAUACAGUGUUUCUAAAGAGGCAAUUAAUUAAACUGAGGCUGGCGGCAAACCCAGAAUAUAAAAUUAGGUGGGGUUUUUUUGGGGGGUGGACUUCACUGUGCACCUCCUUAAGUCAAGGAAGAAAACUGUUUGAAUCUCCCCAAUUAUAACUUAAAAUUGAUUCAUACAAGCAGUUCUGAUUCCACCCCACGCUCCGUCAUAAUUACCGUGCAGUGGAAUCCACAAGAAAUAUGGAGCCCAAUCUUAAGCAUAUUUUGUUGUCGUUUAGUCAUUUCUGACUCUUCCUGACCCCAUGGACCAGAGCACGCCAGGCACUCCUGUCUUCCACUGCCUCCCGCAGUUUGGUCAAACUCAUGUUAGUAGCUUCGAGAACACUGUCCAACCAUCUUGUCCUCUGUCGUCCCCUUCUCCUUGUGCCCUCAAUCUUUCCCAACAUCAGCGUCUUUUCCAGGGAGUCUUCUCUUCCCACGAGGUGGCCAAAGUAUUGGAGCCUCAGCUUCAGGAUCUGUCCUUCCAGUGAGCAUUCAGGGCUGAGUUCCUUCAGAAUUGAUAGGUUUGAUCUUCUUGCAGUCCAUGGGACUCUCAAGAGUCUCCUCCAGCACCAUAAUUCAAAAGCAUCCAUUCUUUGGCCAUCAGCCUUCUUUAUGGUCCAGCUCUCACUUCCAUACAUCACUACUGGGAACACUAUAGCUUUAACUAUACAGACCUUUGUUGGCAAGGUGAUGUCUCUGCUUUUUAAGAUGCUGUCUAGGUUUGUCAUUGCUUUUCUCCCAAGAAGCAGGCGUCUCUUAAUUUCGUGACUGCUGUCACGAUCUGCAGUGAUCAUGCAGCCCUGCAUAUCCUCUCCAUAUGGUUAUGGCUGGUUCUCUGUAACAACAACAACAACAACUGAAGCCACAAAUACCUUGGACAGUGGCACCGCUACAGAACCUAGAGUUCAGACUGGCUCAGCAUGAGCAUCAUGGGAUGCUACAAGUUCUGUGGAGUUAGCAGGAAAGUGUGUGCAUAGGAAUUAUUUUUAUUCAUUGAAUUUGUAUCCCGCCCUUCCUUCUGAAUGUGUAUCGGUGUGUAUGUUUGUAUGAAUGAAUGAGAGUGGCUUCCACAUUACAUAUGGGGGAGGGGAGGAAAGAAACUGGGUUAGAAAUAAGUAGGAAGAUAGUGAAGAGGAAGGCCCAGCACUCUGUGGUAGGACAUAUAGUUUAAUGUGUAAGAGGCUGCCUGUUUAAUUUUUGCAAUUCCCCAUUCAUAGAAUCAUAGAAUCAUAGAAUCAUAGAAUCAUAGAGUUGGAAGAGACCACAAGGGCCAUCGAGUCCAACCCCCUGCCAAGCAGGAAACACCAUCAGAGCACUCCUGACAUAUGGUUGUCAAGCCUCUGCUUAAAGACCUCCAAAGAAGGAGACUCCACCACACUCCUUGGCAGCAAAUUCCACUGUCGAACAGCUCUUACUGUCAGGAAGUUCUUCCUAAUGUUUAGGUGGAAUCUUCUUUCUUGUAGUUUGGAUCCAUUGCUCCGCGUCCGCUUCUCUGGAGCAGCAGAAAACAACCUUUCUCCCUCCUCUAUGUGACAUCCUUUUAUAUAUUUGAACAUGGCUAUCAUAUCACCCCUUAACCUCCUCUUCUCCAGGCUAAACAUGCCCAGCUCCCUUAGCCGUUCCUCAUAAGGCAUCGUUUCCAGGCCUUUGACCAUUUUGGUUGCCCUCCUCUGGACACGUUCCAGUUUGUCAGUGUCCUUCUUGAACUGUGGUGCCCAGAACUGGACACAGUACUCCAGGUGAGGUCUGACCAGAGCAGAAUACAGUGGCACUAUUACUUCCCUUGAUCUAGAUACUAUACUCCUAUUGAUGCAGCCCAGAAUUGCAUUGGCUUUUUAGCUGCCGUGUCACACUGUUGGCUCAUGUCAAGUUUGUGGUCAACCAAGACUCCUAGAUCCUUUUCACAUGUACUGCUCUCAAGCCAGGUGUCACCCAUCUUGUAUUUGUGCCUCUCAUUUUUUUUGCCCAAGUGCUCAGUAGGUGGGUCAGGUAUCUUCUAACAUAGUUUGUCUGUCUCUGGGAACAGCAACUGUGACAAUGCUUGGCAGAAGAGACCCUUUGACACACUGCAAUUGUUCAGUGCAGUUGUGAAUCUCCUUGCCAUGCCCUGGCUUCAUGCCUAUACAGCCUUGUGGGAUCUGCACUGCGCUCAGGCUCCCAGCCACCAGAUCCAAAUAGAAUCAGGCCAACUAGUUCAGUUGCUCUCUCCUGAGAUCUGCGUGCCUGCAGGGCGAUGUUGGUGCUAGGUCAUUGUGCUGUACAUUGCUUCCUCUCUUAGAGAUACUAAGACUUGCAAGUUGCAACCUAUUUCUUUUGUCCUAAAGCAGUAGGAAGGGAACAUGCAAAACCCAGUUUAAGAGUUAAGCAUUUACCUUUGGCAAUCUGGGGCAGCAUAGUGCCCAAAAUGAUGGCUGUCACUUGAAUGGUCCAGAUUACAUUAUCACUCGGCUGUGAGACUUGUCUAAAACCACACCAAGCCACUCUUGUCUCAACUUUAGUCCUCCAUCUGUAAUGUUUUGAUGAUAACACUGAGGGUAGCAAUUCUGGCAAGUUUUAGAAAAGUUGCUGCAAAGCUUACAGAGAUAAUGUGUGUGUGUGUAGUGCUUUGAACAUCCUAGAGCAUGAUACAUGUCUGAUAUGAAGAACCUGUGGCCCUCCAAGUGAUGCUGGAUUCCAGCUCCCAUCAUCUUUCAUUAUUUCCCAUCAUCCUUCAUUAUUUGCUGUGUUGAUGGGAGUUGGAGUCCAAUAGCAUGCAUAGGACCAAAGGUUUUCCACCCCUGAUUAUGUUAUGUUUUAUGUUUUGAUGUUAUUAUGUUAUUAAAUUUAUAUACUGCCCUAUACCAGGAAUCAGGGUGGUUACAGAACAUGUUACAGUGUCAUCCUGAGGGUAUUUUUUUUUUUUUUACUGAGGCUGUGGACUGAUGAUAUAAUUGUUGUUGUUUAGUCAUGUCCGAUUCUUCGUGACCCCAUGGACCAGAGCACGCCAGGCACUCCUGUCUUCCACUGCCUCCCGCAGUUUGGUCAAACUCAUGCUGGUAGCUUCAAGAACACUGUCCAACCAUCUUGUCCUCUGUCGUCCCCUUCUCCUUGUGCCCUCAAUCUUUCCCAACACCAGGGUCUUUUCCAGGGAGUCUUCUCUUCUCAUGAGGUGGCCAAAGUAUUGGAGCUUCAGCUUCAGGAUCUGUCCUUCCAGUGAGCACUCAGGACUGAUUUCCUUAAGAAUGGAUAGGUUUGAUCUUCUUGCAGUCCAUGGGACUCUCAAGAGUCUCCUCCAGCACCAUAAUUCAAAAGCAUCGAUUCUUCGGCGAUCAGCCUUCUUUAUGGUCCAGCUCUCACUUCCAUACAUCACUACUGGAAACACUAUAGUUUUAACUAUACGGACCUUUGUUGGCAAGGUGAUUCUGCUUUUUAAGAUGCUGUAUAGAUGAUUUAAUAGUAAUUGUAAUUAUCUAGAUGGACAAUAAUGCGACUCUCUAAGAUGGUUUGAGUAGAGGAGGACUGCCAUUAAGAGCCCUAUGGAAUGAAUAACACUAGCAUCAUUUUCAUUCCAACUUCGGCCUCUGCAUGUUGCAGGUUGCUGACUGGAAUGCAUUUUCUGCAGUCUGUCCCACCCAGCUGCCAUAGCAGCAGAUGUAAUUCUGCUCUAUGCUGUUCCUAGAGCUCAAUUAAUCAACCUAACAGGACGUGCUGAAGCAACAGGACACCAGAGACCAAGGGACUUGUGGGCGUGUGCACAUUCCUGGUUUAGAGUGUUCCUUGCUCUUAUUCUGCCCCUCUAUAAAUUAUUGUAGAUGAAAGUUGCUUGACUCUUCCCAAGUGUAGCUAUAUACAGUGGUACCUCGGGUUAAGUACUUAAUUCAUUCCGGAGGUCCGUUCUUAACCUGAAACUGUUCUUAACCUGAAGCACCACUUUAGCUAAUGGGGCCUCCUGCUGCUGCCACGCCGCCAGAGCACGAUUUCUGUUCUCAUCCUGAAGCAAAGUUCUUAACCUGAGGUACUAUUUCUGGGUUAGCAGAGUCUGUAACCUGAAGCAUAUGUAACCUGAAGUGUAUGUAACCUGAGGUACCACUGUACAAGCAGACUUCGUCAUACGGUAUUUCACAACCACUGUGCACUGGGGUACACAGAAGCCAGCAGCCCCGUUUUUGUUAGAAAGUAGGUACUUUCCUCUUGAAUUGAAUUUUAAUUUGAAGCUCAUAUGCUCCGCAGUGUGAAGCAUGUGCUAAUGAAGCAAGUGUGGCUAAAGGUAAUACAAAAUCCAGUACUAAUUAACUUGCAAUAAAAGCCCUCCUGAUUCUGAUGUGUACUGAUGUGUUCUGAUCCAUGCAAAUACCUAAAAGAAAAAAAUUCUGAGGCUGUAAGUGAGCAUUGCUAUUCUGGGAGUAUUUCCCUAGUAUUGCUGCAGAAAGUUUCCUGAAAACUUCUCUCAGUGCAGGAAGGCUUUCAGCUGGCACAAAUCCCAGUAAGGGUUCCAUUGCCAACAUUAUGUAGAUAUUAUUAAUUUAUUUAAAAGGUUUCCCUGCCACUUUCACCUGCACUAGGAACAUAGUUUUCCCCUAAGUGGAUUUAUUAUGACAGUUACAUCAACUCAUUUCCAGAAUUACAGCUUCCACACUCUGCCCACUUACCUGAGAGUAAACCCAAUUAAAUUCCUCCGCACUUACAUCUGAACAGAUAUGUACAGGAUUUCACUGUACAUUUGUCUAUAUCACUAGGGCGUGAAUAUGACACCAGAGCAAGUUUAGAGAACAGUAAAUGCCCUUAAUGGAACAGGGGCUCUUUCCUGUAUUCACUUGGGUGCCCUACCCCUGAGGAAGGAGCAGUCAAAAGCAAGGGGCAUGUUCCAAAAAUGUCAAAAGAAUGGCACCAAGUCUCAUCAGGUCAGCUCUAUAUCAGACUUCAUUCAGGUUAUGAUUUGUCCCAAACAACAGGGACAGUCAGUUCCUUCUAGAGAUGCUUCCAAGUUCCAGGAAAGUUUCUUCCCCAAGGAAAACAAGGGUCUUGUGCCUCAGUGCCCUUAGCAGGGUUAAAUCCAGGCUGUUAUGCCUUGCCAAGAGAAAGCAUACUCUUUUCUUAGGUCAUGCCCAGUAGAGCUUAGUGGAACAGCCUGAAGAAGACCUUCCAACAGGGAAGCAAGAACUCCCCCCGCCCCCGUCUCUGUGGAGGCACCUUAUUUAGGCUUCCAGCUUGACCAACCUGCUCCCUAUGUCUCUAUUGGGCUUUUCCGCCUUCUUCUGUCUUUUUAUAUCAUUCCUGCCUCCCCUCCUUUCUGCCUAAGGCACAGAAGAUGAGCUCCUUCACUGCCAUCAAUUACAGGUGGAGUCUCCAGGCAAUGUCCAGAUGUGGUCUCCUCAUUGCCUGGUUAGUGCAUACCUGCUUGUAUCUGGGCCUAAUUAAAGGGCCAGGUGCCAGCAAAUGUGGCAAAUGGUUCUACACUUCGGUUUCCACCUCAGUUGUAUGCAUCAACUUUUUAAUAAUAUAGUUCUUUAUUGUAUUUUUUUCUUUCUUCUAAAAUGUGAAUAGACAGAGGAAGGAACUCCUGUCCCCCUCAGUACAACCCCAAACAAGCAACACUAUUCACCCACCUCACAGAGUAAAAGGAAGACCAGGUUGGGGAUAAAACAUCAAAAAUCACCCUCAAUUUAAGUGGAUAUAGUAUUAUCAAGAUCUUAGCAAUGUGCACAGGUAAUCAAAGAGAAAGAAAGUACAUUCCUUUUGUUUCGUUGAACAGAAAUUGGAGACCCCAGUGGACCCAAGACAAAGUCUGUUUCCAUUACCUAAAGCUCCCCAUAAUAGCCCUACUGACUUAUGUAGUGCUGGAACAGCUCUGCUGUGCUCCUGUAUGUAAGUGUAUUCAAUAAAAAGGAACCAUAUGGUUGCAAAUUGAUCUCUCUCUAUUUGCCCCCUAAUAACUUGCCAUUUAUGCGAAAGCUUUUCUAACAGGGCUAUAUGCCAAAUCUUAACAAUACCAAUCGUCUACAUCAGUGCACUUAAAACCAUUCCAGAGCUUUGCUAUUGUCGCACUAGCUGCAAAUAAAAGGUGAAUAAUUAACUCCUGAUUUGCUAGGUCCCUCUUUGGACUGUCAAACAAAUUCAGCAUCUGUUGCAUGCAUUUGCCAAAGGUUAUUAAUUCAAGACACAAUUCUGAAAUUGGAUGGUGGCAGAAGAGAGCUUAAGAGCCUUUCAGUUUGCACAUUCAAGAACUACAGCUGCCAUUUUUAGCUAUAUAUUCUGGUAAUGUUUUUUCUGGGUUUAGCUUUGUAAGUAGCAAAUGCUUUCAAAUUCCAUUAAUUAAAGUUUGAGAGAGAGAGAGAGAGAGGGUUGUUUUUAAACAGCACCCUAUAGCCUUUAAAUUUAAAACAGAAUAUUUAGGUAAAAAAAAAAAAAAGGCUGCUAAUGGUGUGCAUUUUUUAAUUCAGACAAUAUUGCUGCUUAUUCAUACGAGUCUUCAGGGCCAACCUGAGUCAUGCUUUUGCCUUGAGUGAAGGAUGAGAUGGCGCCACAUCUCCCCAGUCCCAUCUGCAGAAGUUUGCAAGGCAGGCCAUUCAAACCUUGUUUCAGCACUGAUGAGGGAACAGCAUCCCCUUAAGGCUGUUUUAGAGGGCUCAGGACAGGCUUCUUGGCCUACACUGCUCUCUCAUCCCAACAACUUGCUGCUACUCCCCACUUCCCAGCAUCUGCUGCCUUAGGUGGCAUUUGCCCCCUGUCUAAUGGCAGGGCCGGCGCUGCUAGUAUUGUAUACUUUGUCUGUUUGCUGCAAUGCGUCACAGUGGAUGUUCUUUACAAAAUGUUUCAAAUUAUAAACAUAUUCUAAAAUUUCCCUCCAACUUUUCCAGCAGUUCAGUAUUCGUUGGGGGUGGGGAGGGGAAGAAAGACUGGGAUGAGAUAAAUGGGAAGUACAGUCAUACAUCAUGUUACGGCCGCUUCAGGUUACAUGUUUUUGGGUUGCAGACCGCAGGAAACCCGGAAGUACUGGAACGGGUUACUUCCGAGUUUUGCCACAUGCACAGAAGCGCCAAAUCACACCGGCGUCUGCGCAGACGCAGCGCUUCAGGAUGUGAACGCUGUGGGUUGCGGAUGUGCCUCCAUCAUGGAUUACGUCCGCAACCCGAGGUUCCACUGUAUAAAUUGUGUGUCUCUUUGUGAAACACAUGAAUGGGAAUACAGUGGUACCUUGGGUUACAAACACCUCGGGUUACAGACUCCGCUAAGCUGGAAAUAGUACCUCGGGUUAAGAACUUUACCUCAGGAUGAGAACAGAAACCGCGCGCUGGUGGCACGGUGGCAGCGGGAGGCCCCAUUAGCUAAAGUGGUACCUCAGUUUAAGAACGGUCUCAGGUUAAGAACGGUUUCAGGUUAAGAAUGGACCUCUGGAACGAAUUAAGUUCGUAACCAGAGAUACCACUGUAUUGAAAAAGAAUAUGAACCUACCCAGUGAUGAAAAAAUUCCCAUCAUGGUCUCACACUAACAUGCCAGGACUCUAUCCUUUCAUGCUGACAUGAACCACUUCUCUAGAAGACUUCCAGAAAAUCCUGCAUUUCUACAAGUUAUUUUUUAAUAAUUGCCCUUCUAGUAAAUGUUUUUAAUAAUAGAUAUUAACGUCUGACAGGAAAUCAUUAGGAGGAAAUUUGCUUUUUAACUUUUUUUUAAAUUACUGCAGUUAGUUUAGAACUGGGUCCAAUUAGAGGUGGGUGGAAAAAGAGGACAUAAUGAUAUUCGAAACAUGCUAGGAUAAUUUUUCAUCACAUUUUCAUGUGAAACAAACACUCUUGCAUCUUUUGUGAUUUCCACUAUGUUUAAAAUUUAGAUUGAUUGAAAUACCAUUAUCGUAAAACAUGCUAGCUGUCAUUUUCAGAGCAAAAUAACUGAGUUUGCCUGCUACUCAGUGUUUGCACUCUACCAUUCUCCUCAACCUGGUGUCCUCCAGAGACUUUGGACUACAAGUCCCAUCAUCCCUGACCAUUGGCCAUGCUGGCUGUGGUUGCACCUCUGCUUUCUACCUUACCUGUUGGGUUUGAGUUAACAAAUGUAUGGCAGUUUGAGUAUGGCUUUUGUUGCACAUGCUGUUAGGUGCUAGUUUUCCAUGCUCUCAGUUGAUAAGGACAAACAGGAUAGAAUAAUUAACCUACUGUCUGCUACAAUUAAUAACUUUUUGUUUCAUUGAUUUCAGGAGGACUGUUAAGUGUUCUCCCUUUGAAAUUGAUUGGAUUGAAAAGUGCUUAACUGUGGCAUAGUGAGUUUUGGUGUCUAAUUCUUGAACUGUUACAGCAACAAUAUUUUCAUUAACAUUGAUUAUUAUUAUAAUUGCUAUUUUAUUUAAACAUGGCAUUAUUCCUGAAGGUCUCAGGACUACUUUCCUAGUAACCAUAUAUUUAAAACAUACUUCAAUAAUAACUAACAUUUAUCACAGUAAAUUCCACCCCCAUGCAAUCUCCUGCCAGAAAAUUUAUCACAAGCAACCGCCAUUACACAGUAAGUAGAUUAAAAAAACACAUCAGCAUUAAAUUCUCAAACUUCAAUAGCCAAUGUGAUUGUGCAGGAAUUACAGUGCAUCUUGGUCCCUUCUUUUAUUUGAUUAUAUAUGUUCCCUUUAGCUAGCUAUCUGGAUAUGCAGGACCACAGAAAAGAAAAAUGCUUUUUCAAAUGCCAGGCAAGAGUCUUGUCAAUGAAAUACAAGCUACUUUCUAAUAGUAAUUUCUUUUGGGAAGACAUAUCGGGCACAUCAAAUAUAUGACAUUGUCACAAUAUAUUUAUUGGGCUAUUUAUCUCCGCUGACAAAACACUGUACAUUUAGAAGAAUGUUCUCACCCUAUAAAAACUGAGUUUCAUUUGCUGAAUUUAUUAUUCUUCUCCAUCCCGAGUGAGGUGGGUACUAGGGUGCAAGGGAAGAAGGAAAUGAAAGCCUGUGGUUUCAAAGUUUUCUGCAUGGCCUUGUAAGUAUGAGAGAGUUGUAGCCUUUCAUAUGCAGUUGGACUCCACCUCCAUCGGCUUCAGCCAACAUGACUACCAGUCAGGGAUGAUAGUGGUCAGUGGUCCAGAAACUUGUGCUUGGGUCUGUGAAAAUGGAAAACGCAGAAGGUGGUCUGUAAGAAGCUAUGCCUCUUCAAGACUGCAAGGGAUAUUGCUAUGACUGCCUGCUGUUCUAAGUGAGCUGUAAUGGUGUUGCUCUGUAGGUGGUUGGUAAAUUCUUAUUGCGUGGCCAGGCAGAGACCUCCCUGACCCCAGGCGACCCCUGGGUGGAAUAAUGACUCAUGACAACGUGUUAUGGGAUUAAAAUUGGCCACAACUUUAUUAAACUUUCAGAUGUAGGGAGACCAACUCCCAGGUAAGUUCCGCCCUCUAUUGCAGGCUUCCUUAACCUUGGCCCCCCAGAUGGUUUUGCCUUACAACUCCCAUGAUCCCUAGCUAGCAGGACCAGUGGUCAGGGAUGAUGGGGAUUGUAGUCUCUAAACAUCUGGAGGGCCGAGGUUGAGGAAGCCUGUUCUAUUGUGUGUGCAGGGUGGUCCCAACCCUACCUGGUCAACUCCCCUGGCAACACCUCCCCAGCUGGGAUUGGUUUACUGUCUGAGGUUGGGCGGGAACCUCCAGGUAUCCAGCUUGGGGAGGUGAAGCCAGGCCAAAUUGCCGGGAAUCGUGUGGGAUCAUGGGGCUGUGCGCGGCCACACAAAAGCGCCCCCCGUUUGAAGUGGGGAGAGGUCAUUAUCAAUUAAUCCAGGUGUGCAGUGUGGAUUCUUUUUUUGUGAUUGACCUGUGUUCACCUAUUGUAUGCAUAUUUAACUUGGGCCACUCUAGCCCAAGAGUGUAGAUUCCUAGAGAAGCUUUUCCAAGACAAUGACAGCUAUAAAAAUAUUCCAAAUGUAUUGUUUCUGCUCAUUAGGACCAUUGAUGGAAGCCCUUCUUUGAGACGCAUGACUGUGAUGAGGGAAAAGGGAAGGCGGCAAGCAAUCAGAGGUCCAGCUUUUAUGUUCAACGAGAGGGGCACAAGUCUUACGGCAGAGGAAGAGCGCUUUCUGGACGCGGCAGAGUAUGGGAACAUCCCUGUGGUACGCAAAAUGCUGGAAGAGUCAAAAACUUUGAAUGUCAACUGUGUCGACUACAUGGGCCAAAAUGCCUUGCAGCUCGCUGUGGGGAAUGAACAUUUGGAAGUGACAGAACUUCUGUUGAAGAAGGAGAAUCUGGCACGGAUCGGAGAUGCCCUGCUGCUUGCAAUUAGCAAAGGGUAUGUCCGGAUUGUGGAAGCAAUCUUGAAUCAUCCCGGGUUUGCAGCUAGCAAGCGGCUGACUCUAAGCCCGUGUGAGCAGGAGCUCCAGGACGAUGACUUUUAUUCUUAUGAUGAAGAUGGCACCCGAUUCUCCCCAGACAUCACACCCAUCAUUUUAGCAGCCCAUUGCCAGAAGUAUGAGGUGGUGCACAUGCUGUUAAUGAAAGGGGCGAGGAUAGAGAGACCUCAUGAUUAUUUCUGCAAGUGCAACGAUUGUACUGAGAAACAAAAGCAUGAUUCCUUCAGCCAUUCCAGGUCAAGGAUAAAUGCGUACAAGGGAUUGGCAAGUCCUGCCUACCUGUCUCUGUCCAGCGAAGACCCGGUUCUCACUGCUCUAGAACUCAGUAAUGAGCUUGCUAAACUGGCUAACAUUGAAAAGGAAUUCAAGGUAAGGCUUCUUCUUUUUUCUGUGCCUUCUCUGUGGGCUGCAUUGGCUUCGGUGGAUUAAAACACUUCACAUUUAUUUUCCCCUCGCUUUAUCUGUUCCUGUUAAUAUUGCUGCUGCGAUGUCUGGAUGUUUUUUGAAAACACCAUUUUGCUUUAAAUGAAAAUACUUCAUAAGCGCCGGGUGUAAUCAGAAAAAACGCAAUACUCCCCUUGGAAUAGAUGAAAACAGGUUUGUUCACUGUAACAGAACAUAAUUGUUUUUAUUAAAGUGCACUCUGUUGAAAUAAUGUCAUCUGAGCUACCAGAAGAAAAAGCAAGUGCUAGGUCCUAAAUGAGUAUUCCUGUUUCUAUUCACACCUCUAGAUUGUUGUUUACAAGUUAUAAAAGCUACGCACAUUUGUCAUUUCCCUCUCAGAAGGACACCGCUCAUUCAUCUGCCAGAAAUGUAUUAGUGUGCCAAGAGCCAGCUGUUAAAAUCUAUCCAGAUGUCCCACCUUUCUGUCUGAUGAUCAUCUAUACAUAUAAUGGAGUCGUAGCAUGCCGACUAGUCUCUCUUUUUCCAGAUUUUUCAUUAAUUGGACUCUGAUAAGCAUUACUCUGCUCUGCCCCUUUAUGAUGCCCAUGUUCUUAAAAUGCCUGAUGAAGUUACAGAGGAUAGCCCUAUCCUGAAGUAGGUCUUUCUGAAAAAAGAAACUGGGACGGUGGAUGCAGAUUGUAAACAAAAUUGGUUCUACAAAUGGCAAUUUUAUCCAGCUGCAGCAAACAUUUUAAUGGGGUCCUUCUGGGUCAGUGUUGGAUUCCGCUUCUCUAAUUAACUUUCCCCUAAAUUAUUGCGAGGAGGCGAAAGACACAUUAAUCUAUGAGGCCUGUUCCGAGCAGAGAGAGUUUUAAAGAGCUAAAUGUGGGUGGGCAGCAUGGGCUGGCAGUGAUGGUAUAUGGUUAUGUGGGUAUUUUAACACUGCAGUGCCAGACAUAAUGUACAACUUAAUAUCUGCUAUGGCACACUUCAGCUCCUUCAGUGGCCCUUCCAUUGUAGAUAGAAGUGCGGUGAAAAAUUAAACUUAGCCUUUUUGCAAGUUACAUAUUUUGUAAGCAUGGCAUUAGAUUUGGAUUUGAAUAGUUAAAUACGUAAUUACUUCAUCAUUCUGUUCAUUUACACAGUUUUGUAUUACAACCUCAUACCAAGGAAAGCACCUCAUCUUGUUCCAAUGCAUCCUGCAACACAGCAAUUUAUUAAAUUGUAGAUUUGUGAAUCUUUAUUUUAUACAUUGUACUGAAACUCUAAGAUGAUUUCCUGUUGUGUAGUGUAUAAUACAUUUGAUGCAUUGUUGUGUAGUGCAGAAAUACGUUUUUUCCUUACUUUUUAUUUUCUGUAUCCAGAUCUUCUGUAUCCAGAUAAAAUUGACUUAUUGAAGUUACAAAAAUAUUGUUUGAAGGAAGACUAUAAUCCUGGAAGUUGAACGUGUAGCUAUUACAGGCCAUAAUAAUCUCUUUCAAGGCUUGGCUCUACUAUCCCAGCUUCUCAUAAAGCAUGCAGUUAAUCGAAGUGUGACGUUGUAGUUUACUGACUGUAACUGAUCAUAGAUCAUAUUAUUAAUAGAACAAAGGUUUCUGGCGAAGGCUAGGAGAGAUAUAGACCCAAGCAAACAGUGGCAGCACCUAAAUACUAAGGUGUCAGUUUUGACUUGCACUUAGAAACUGCAGCAUUUACUGAAAAAGUGAUUGACUAUAUUGAAUUAGGCCUUUUAACCCUGUUUGAAACGGUAUAUCAUCAGACCUAUGUUUGUUCUUAUACUGUUCUUGUACUAUGUACCAACAGAGCAAAUGAUUCCAGCCCAUACAGUAGCAAAUUAAGACUGUAACUGCAUGUCAUAGUCUUUAAAUGACAUACAGUCGUACCUUGGAAGUCAAAUGGAAUCCAUUCCGGAAGUCUAUUCAACUUCCAAAAUGUUCAGAAACCAAAGCGCAGCUUCUGAUUGGCUGCAGGAAGCUCUUGCAGCCAAUCGGAAGCCCUGUUGGAUGUUCAGCUUCCAAAAAUAGUUUGCAAACCAGAACAGUCCCAGUUUGUGGAGUUUGGGAGCCAAAAUGUUCAAGAACUAAGCUGUUCAAAAACCAAGGUACAACUGUAUUCUUUAACGUAAAUUUGUUUGGGAAAAGUCUUCAAGAUAGGUUAGAAAAAGUAAAAUCCACACACACACACACACACACACACACCUCCAGUGCAUAUAAUUUGAAGGCACAGGAAACUUUUGGAAGUUCCACUGUCAAUUAAAGGCUAAGUAAAGCUGGUGAUGGAAUCUCCAAUUCCAUUCCAGAAGAAAGAAAUAGAUCUGUCUUUAACAGAUUCAAGAUUCAAGGCACAGAUUCAAGAGCUUGUUGUGCUUGUUCAAGGAUGGAGAAUGUGAGCAUUAGAAUGGGAUCAUUUGCAUCCCCUAAUGCUAGGCCUACUUUGUAAGCCACUAAUGUAUAUACAUAUGGGGCAGAUUGGUUUUUCUAUUCAGGCUUUGGUGUUAAUGUUACUUUGUAGGUUUUUGUGGGGUUUGUUUGUCUUUGUUGCUCCAUUACACUGAUGAAUUGCAUUAUACUACGAGAACCCAGCCCCUCAAGGCAUCUUACUGCUUUAUUUAUGAAACCCAGUUCCACCACUAAUAUUGGUUGCCUGUUGUCAACCCAUUUAACAAGUGUGCCUUGACGAACUGUGUUGCAGGCCAGGGAAAUCCUGAACUCCUUGGAGGAAGGGCUGGAUAAAAAAUUUAGUAAGUAAAUAAAGAUUUAAUUUUUUAAAAGCAGAACUUAAUCCUUUUAUUUUGAAUGGGACACCAAUACCUAUCAGCGUCCAAACUUGACAAAGCAAUCUAAUCAGCAACAAGGAGGAGUCAUCAACCACUAUCUCAUUUAGAGGGUCCAUUCACAAAACUCCAGUCUUCUUUAUAACUUUUUGGGAAGUUUUCAAACAUCUCUUACGUUUAUUUGCAACAAACAAUGUCAACCUGGCCAUGCAAUACAUAUCCUUAAGGAUUUUGGACGGCUUUUAUCAGAAGGUCUCAAAACUUUCUCGUGCAAUGUGUCUGGGAUAUGAAUUAUUUGCAAAUGUUAACAUAGAGAAAGGACUACUGUGUUGUGGUUGCUUGAGGCGCACAGUCAUUCGUUGCCUCAUAACUAGUGGGGAAAUGCUUUGAAAUGUAAAGUCUGGUGGUAGCAGACGGAGAUAGGUGGGGUAGACCAGUAUGAGGGAUGAAUCUGAAACCAUGACACUAGGAAGAACAAUGGCACCGAUGUUGUCAUCUGAAGCAAUGCAAUUGGUCUAAUGUAGAACUGAUUUUGGCUUCAGUAGGGAAAACUGAAUGGAAGUGAGAAUGAAAUUGUCUGCUGCUGCUUACCCUAUCCUGUGGUGAGAAGAGAAUCAAAUAUGAGAUAAUACCUUGCCUACAGGAUUUGAGAUAGAAAUGCCUGUUCAAAGCUAUCGGAAAGCCACAAGCUUUGAACAGAGCAUACCUUCUGACACUUCUGAAAGCAAAGCGAGAGACAGCGAGAAAGCAUAGAAUCGCGGGUUUUAAUUUGUUGUCUUGGUUUAUCUGAUUGUCCAGGAGGUUGCUUUCUUCAACAGAGUCUAUGGCUAAAAUGGGACAGAGAAGGAUUUUCCAUUCUAUAAUGGAUCAGGCUUAUCACUUGAAUCAUGCAGCCAUUCAUUACCGUUUGAGGCAGAGCAAAUGCAAUAGGUUUUUGCCUUCUCAUGCUGCAUAUCCCCACAUGCCUGGCAUAGAUGAAUUCCAGGGCUCUUAACUUAGGACUGUUGGCAAUUGUGAGGAAAUGCUCAUUCUAUUAAGGAUAUUGCAACUUUGCAAAAAAUUUAAACUUCUAAUUUGUUAAAAGAACAGCAGUUCUUGCUCAUUAGAUUAUCUCUUGUCAAGGAGAUCUAGCUGGCAUUAUUCUUUUAUAAAUGCUUUGGCAUGAUUGGUUGGACUUGAAUAAUGCUGAAAAAAUCUUGAGUGAUUAAGAAGCAAUACCAACACAAUGAGAUUUAUUUUUCAUGACUUGCAUCAGUCCUGAUAUUUAAAAUCCACUUUCACUACUGUAUCCUUGUCAAAGAUAGUAAUGUGCACACACACACACACACACAUUAAAACAAUGACUUUAAAAUAAUAAUAAUUCUACCAGCUAGAGCUGAAGCCUUUUUCUAGAAAAAUCAGAAACAAACAUAUCUGGAUAGAUUGAACACUAAAUUCUCUUCCCUUUUGCUAAAAUGAAUAUGUAAGGCACAUAGGAAGCUGCCUUAUAUUUAGGCAGAGCCAUGCUCUAUCUAGCUCAGUAUUGUCUGAACUGACUGGUAGAAGCUCCCUGGGGUUUCAUUUCUACCCCUAUUUAGAAAUUCAAAGCAGACACUCUGCUACUGAGCCAUGGUCCUUCCUCAUGCCAUGCGGCUUUUGCUGUGAUUAUUGACCCAUGCUUUGCCCAGUAAUGUCUAUUCUUAUACAUAUGAGUUUGAGCAGCUCUAACUCGGUAGCAAAGGUUUUAAGAAGAAGCCAGGGGUGCUUUCAAACAGCUUCCCAGGCAAAGGAGAAGCCUGGGUUUCCAGAUGCAACUCCUAUGGAAGAAAGUGAACAACGGCAAAAAUCUGACAAGAAGAUCAGUGUCACUAAAAAGUGAGCAAGCUGCCCUGAUUUCAACCGCCCUUUAGGACGGUUCUCUAGGGAGAUCGCAGCUAGUUGUCAUAAUUGCAUUCUUAUUUGCAGAGCAAGUUUAAAAUGUGUUAGACGCUUUGCAGAUAAUACCAUUUGCACUCCGAGAUUUGUGUAAUUGCUUAGUUGAGACUUGGUACUAAGCUUUAUAAUAAAUCAAGCAUAUGAAAGAGAGACCAGCAGCCGGGUCGAAAAAGAAACUGAGGUGCUCCUUACCCCCCACCGGGGACAUAGCUGCUUCUCUUUGAAAUUCUCUCUCUCAGUCCUGAUCUCUCUUUAGCUCAUGGGGUGGAAAACCUUUUUCUGCUCGAGGACAACAUUAACUUGGUGGAAAGUUGUCUGGGGGCGAGGUAUAUUCCAGCAGUGGGUGGCACUAGACUCAAAAGUACACCUUUAACACACACACACACACACACACACACACACACACACAAACACUCACUCUCUCACAGUUAGAUUUGACAUAUGUGGUAGUAAGAAAAAGAAAUAUAGUACAGUGCUGCUAUGGUUCUUCCUGGAUUAAAUGUGUGUGUGAUUUUGCGUGUGUUGAAAGCAGGGUCGGAGGAAGGGGGUGAGGUAGGAGCAGUCCGCCCCGGGUGUCACCACUGAGGGGGGUGACAAAAUGCCAGGCGGCACUCACCACGGGCCCUGCAGCGUGCCCAAGCCAUGCGUCUCUCCUAGAGAGCCAGUGUGGUGUAGUGCUUAAGAGCGGUGGACUCGUAAUCUGGUGAACUGGGUUCGCGUCUCCGCUCCUCCACAUGCAGCUGCUGGAUGACCUUGGGCCAGUCACACUUCUUUGAAGUCUCUCAGCCUCACUCACCUUACAGUGUUUGUUGUGGGGGAGGAAGGGAAAGGAGAUUGCUAGCCGCUUUGAGACCCCUUAGGCUAGUGAUAAAGCGGGAUAUCAAAUCCAAACUCUUCUUCUUCUUCAGGCUCCACGCUACCCCAAACAGUCCGCCCGCUGCCUCCGUCCCAGCUGUAGGGCGGCUGAGUUGGAGGAGGCAGGCAGACUCCCCCGCCGCUGCCUUUCCGUAGAGGAAGGUGGGGAGACGCCCCCAGGCACAGCUGAAGCCAGCCAACUUUCUCUGCUAGCUCCCUGACAGGCAGGCUUCGAAGGACAGCUCCCCUCCUCUGACAGGCGGGUGGGCGGGUUGCAAGCGUGGUGCUCCAAGUCUUGACACAAAAGAGCUGCUUAAAUGCUCAGGUGCUGAUUAGCUUCGUCUCCCUUUUCGAUGGACCCCUCAGGCCGCUCCCUCACAAGGUUGUUGCAGUAAGGAUAAAAUGCUCUAUCAAGAGUUGUCUUAGGUCCACCAUGAGUCAAGCUCGGCUCUCUGGCUUAGCCAUCUUGUCAAUUGAAAAAAAGUAGCAAAAGGAAUUGAUUUUGAUGAUGCGAUUUCAAAAUUUGCAGAGAACGAAGUUGGGGGGGGAGGUUUUAAGUGCUUAUGCUCACAAUAAACUAGAAAAUAACACAUGCAACUGUAAGUAUCUUAUUUUUCCUUAUUUUAAUAAUUUCAAUGGGGGGGUGACAAGAAAUUUUUCGCACUGGGUAUCACCUGACCUUGCUACGUCAUUGGUUGAAAGAGGCUUCUCUGCUUUUGCUAUGGAGAAGUAGUUCCAUGGGUAUUGUGCAAGAGGCAGCUGGGAAGAUGAGGAAGAUAGUGGUCUCAUCUCAUAAUUUUAUCACAGGUGUCAUUGCUCCGCCCCCUGCUAAAAGCUUCAGGUCCUGCAAGCAAUUAAGCAGAACCACUUCUUAUGGCUACCUGGAUGGAGUCAACCAUGUCACUUUAGCGUGUGCUGAGCUUGCACACUGACCCACAUAUACUGACCUGCUGCUGUCUGGUCUCCUUUUGCCAGAUUUGAGGUGGUGUGUGUUGAGCUACCACUGGUGAUUUACAGCACAAUCCUAUGCAUGUCCACUCUGAAGGAGUAAGUCCCAUUGAGUUCAGUUGGACGUACUCCCAGGUGAGUGUAGGAUUGCAGUCUAAUGCACGAGGUUGCCUCAGACUUUCUUAACUUUGCAUGGAUCUACUUGGCCCACAUUUUUAACAACCCAAGUUGAUCAUGUGGUUUUUUAAAAAAAGUUAAUUAUGUAUUGUAGCUAAGCCUUUUGAGGGACUAAGAAGUCACAACUAAGAAGGCAGGAAACAAAUGAAAUCAGUUCCUUAAUUUUAGAGUCUUCACCUUUCUGUAAUCUUAGGACAGGGAGAUAAUGACUUUUGAAGUCAUAGGUGUAGCCAUAGUGAUGCUGGCAACUCUGAGUUUUACGGUGUAUUCCUAAGUAAGCUCCAUUGAUUUCAAUAGAACUUACUCCCAUGUAAGUGGCAUAGGAUCGCAACCCUAAAUGCUUUUCUGAAAUAAGGAGGAAGUUGGGACAUAUUCGAAGCAAAGUUAUAAAAUGGGGCAGGGAAGAGAGAGGUCCAUGUAUUCAGCACUUCUGUAGUGAAAGCAACCAGGCACAAGACUUAAAUACUAAAAUUAACAGUGCUGAAAAGAAUUCCAUGAGAUUGGUGUGCUAAGGAGUUUCUGAACACAAGGACCAUAUUUCAGAGGUGACAGACAGUAAUAACAGAUUUACAGAGAGCCGUGGAAUGUAAGAGACAAAUGAAUGACAACUGGAGUAACAGAAGGGAGAGGUGAGAUAAUAAUGUGAUUGACUUGUACCCAUCAUAUGGAAUACUCUAGCAUCCUGCCCCGUGAACUGCUGCUCUUGAUUACUUUGGUCCUCUUGGACCAAAACCAAAUAUAAGAGCAGCCUUUACCAUACACUCCUCCUGUGAACCUACCGGGAUCUUGGCGAUCGUCAUCAGAGGCCCCUCUCUGUGUGCCCCUUCUGAGAAAUGUGUGGAGGGUGGUAAGAACUGGCUUGUUCAGUGGUUGCUCCCCAUUGAUAGAAUGCUCUCCCCAGAAGAACAUGCCUGGCACCAUCACUGUCAGCUUUCAGAUGCCAGGCUAAAACAUUCCUGUUUACCUAGGCUUUUGAUGGAUUAAUUUGGAUCAUAGCACAGUGUGAUUUUUGACCUGCUCAUCUUUCAGUUGGGUGGGGUUAGGUUCAUUGCUGCACGAGCACUUUUUAGAUAAACUGUUCUUUUAUGUAUUUGUUUUUUAAAUGUUUUUAAGCCUUGUGUAUUUAAUGGAUCUGUAAGCCGUUUUGAUGCAGCUUUUGUGGAAAGCCACAGUAAAUAGAAUAAAUCAUAACAAUUAAUAAUACACUAAUUUGAGGACCUGCAUAGCGCUGCAUUUGUCUUUCUUCCCUGUCUCAGUGUGCACAUUGGUAUCUGUGUUGCUAUGCAAAUUCAAGUAUCGUUUGAAUACCAUGUACGAAAAAGAGGGCAGAAAUGUGCAAUCCAGCCUAGACAGUCAUCUGCAGGAUGUACAUAUGCUAAAUAAAUGCGCAUUACUAAAUCAGUUCCACAUGAAUUGAUGUGACUCAAUAACUAUUGUCUGCUUUUUAGAAUGACUAUCGCAAGCUGUCUAUGCAAUGCAAGGAUUUUGUGGUUGGCGUCCUUGAUCUCUGCCGAGACUCUGAAGAGGUAGAAUCCAUUCUAAAUGGAGAUUUGGAGGCUGAGCCAGUUGAAACACAAAGGCACAGAGCUUCGUUGAGUCGUGUCAAACUGGCAAUUAAGUAUGAAGUCAAAAAGGUAAGUGACUGUCUCUUUUAGACAGUAUGAUACUGGAUGCAUUGCAUCAUAAACUGCCUGCGUCAAGAACCUUAAGCACUAUAACAGGGCUGUAUUGUAAACACUUUAUGGGUCCUGUCCUCUGGACAGGAAUAAUUCACUAAUGUCAAACUGAUUUCACAAUAAGGCAGCAGAGAGAUUGGCAUUUUUCAAUGAAAAUAAUAGGGACUGUCAUACACAAGUCAAUUAUUGUGAUGCAGUGUUCUCACGCAUGUGCAUGUUAUCCAUUAAAACAUCCAGAGACAAACAGCCACGUCUUGAUCCGUCUUCAGCAUAAAUAAAAAGACUGGAGAAAUCAUUCUGUAAAUAGAAAUGAUGUUAUAUCAUUAUGUUGUUCUUAACUGUACUGCCAUUCCACUCAACCUUCUCCCCCGCUGACCAUGAUCCAGCCACAGUUAAGCUCUUCUGUGUCCCAUUGAUUUUGUGUCUUCCAUUUAAAUUAACAGCACUUAAAAGUACUUCACUUUGUCUGGAUUGUGUGUAGUGUCAGUGUAAUGGGAGGUAGAUGCACCAGAGUACAUUAAAAAUGGCACUCACCUUUUGAAAGCUGUUACUGUUCUUACAACUAAUAGGUGCAACAGGCAGUUGCUUGCAGAUCGGAAGUGAUGUAUCACAUCCGCACAGAAACAGGCCUUGUUGGUUCCUUUUAGAAGCAUCACUGGCAGAGAAAGGGGGGUGCGCCCCACCCUGGGUAUCAUCCCGGGGGGGGUGACAUUGCUGCAGGCGGCGCCCCCCCGGGGACGCUCGCCGCCACCGCACCCCCCCGGGACGCUAGCCCCUAGCCUUGCCCCCAAGGGCACAGCAGCUAGCUCCGCCUCUGAGAAGCAUAUUUUAAGCUUGGAACGAUAAUGUUUGGUUAGAGUCUCUCUACAUAGGAAUCUGCUAUGACGUGAGAUAUGAUAGAUGUACAGUAUAUUCUAGGGGGUUCUGCUGACAAAAGUCUUUAAAAUAGCCACAGAAGCAAACUCUGUUCCAAGGGCAGUUUAUUUAUAUAGAAAACAGCCAUUAUAAAACUUCCAGGCCAGUGCUUUCUGGGUCUUAACGUUUACAGACAAUCACCUUGGGUCAUCACCUCUGAGAAGUAAUAAAACACAAAUGCUAGAGGACUACGGAAAGGAAGUGACACCUACAUUUAUUUACAUCUGAAUAGGUCUGCCUUGGUGGCCAUGCUGCCAGUAACAGCAAGCUUUUUCACAGCUUCUGUUAUAAAUCACAUUGUGUUAUAGUGAGCCACCUGUUAAAGCCAACCUACUAAAUAAGACUGCAGUGCAUAAAUUGGAUAGUGUUAGUUUCUUUAAACUCAUCCCUGAUUAAUAGAUACUUGAAUAUUUUCAUUUAUAUAGAUCACAAACUUUAAAAAUAAUCAAGGGUUUAUUAAUUAGAGAUGGGUUUAAGGAAACUGACACUAUCCAGUUCUUAUAUAGUAUAUCUCUGUGUUACAAGAGCUUUCUGAGACCAAGUGUGUUGUUGCAAUGCCUGUGAUUCCUGCACUCCACGGAAGCUUCAUUUUGAGCUCAUGCUUUACCUGUUCACGGUGCCAGUGGGGGCCAUUAAUUUAUGGGACCAGUGCAGGCUUUGUAGAGUGCACGGCUGGCUUCUGAAUGCUUCUGUGGCAUUUCUUCGGAGACAAGGCUCCUGCCUUCUGUAGAGUCUUGUCAGUGUGAUUCUGAUUUUGUAGUAGGCAGCGAAUCUGAAAGCAUGAGAGGUAGCUCUGCAGAUUGUUCAUAACCCGAAACUGAUGUGCAGAACUUCCCUGGAUAACUUGGAAAGCCACAAGUCUGCUUUUUAUUCUGCACCACAACAAAACAAAUAUUUCUAUAUUUCCUAGGUAUGUGUCCUUUGAACACAAAUCAACUGAUUAGGUUCUCUUGGGCUUUUAAAAACAUUGGAUCUUUAAGGAUCUGCUGAUUUUAUAAACUUAGGGCAACGUUGGAGAACCUCCAGGCUGUGGACCUAAUUCAGUCCUCCAAGCUCCUCCAAAUGACCCAUUAGCCAUUCCUAAUAAACUCCAUCUGCAUGUCAAUCUUGUGAUGUCAUUUGACAUCACCUAUUUAUCAUGUUGAUCUAUCCUACUUUCUGCUUUUUCUAGUUUUCUUUGAUUAGGCUUAACAAUUUAGUAUUUUACAUAUGCUUUAUAUAUUUUAUGUACAUUGGAAGUCUGGAAGAAAGUUCUAGAAACUGUUGCUCAGAAUAGCUGUUGUAUGUAUGUACCGCAAGCUUCGCUUUGCAGUUGCAGAGGAUUUACAGAAACUUGCUAAACGAGCUGACUUUCUAGUGAUUUUUACUUGGAGAACUCAGGUUUGCAAGGAUAAGGACUUCUGCACUUGAUUUCUUUGUAAGUUUUAAAUGGAAAAUACAGAUAAUGCUCAGGUAUUACGCUUAUAUUCUUCUCAAAAUAUUAAUGCAGCCUGCUGGGACAGUUCCUGUUAGGUUUUGACAGGAUUUAGCCAUAAAGGAAAAUAAAAUGGAAACACGGUUUUACUCAAGUCUUCGGGUUACGGGACUAAAGGAAAAAUGAGUUCAUUGGAUGGGGAAUUCAGCUGGUUGUUAUCAGGUUGUAAAAUGUUGGAAGUCUCUUGUAUUGUGGAAGUGGCUAUGUAAAACCCAGUUUGUUCUUAUUCAAUGGAUCUGCUCCUUGUUCAUAUGCUGAAUUAAAUUGAAGCUGGCUUAAGAAUAGUGCUAAGCUUAGCAUAGAGAUUGAUAAGAAAUAUUCUAGUUGAGAGCAUCUUUUGUGAGAGGCAAUGCAACAGAAAUUCCGAAGAUGUUACAGUAAGUAUUAGAAUAAGUAGUGACUGGAAGACUAUUAGUUCAUAGUCUCUUGAAAUGUUUAGGGAGAAGAAGUCAGGAAGAAAACAACAGUGCAGCAAUUGAUGCAAAUGGUGCUACUUUAGAGAUAGUAUAAUUUUAAAAGUACUGAUUUGGGGUAUAAGGAAGUGAAAGGAAAAUGGUUAGAAUCAGCUCUAAUGUGCUUCAAGGAGAAAUAUCCAUUGACAAAUGUCUCUUGUCUUCUUUGCUAAAACCUUCCACUGAGUUCCCUUGUCUGAAUUUUAUUUAUUUAUUUGUUUGUUUGUUUGUUAUUAUUUUUGUACAAAUGCCCAGCUGGGGGGGGGGGAAUAUAUGGAUGACUGGAAACAUGUUGCCAGUAUUUUUCUUCAUAUUUGUGAAUCAAGUAUUCUGAGUUGCUCUGCACUCUCCUAAGAGAUGCUGUGUUAAAAUUAGAAUUAAUAGCUGCAUUCGGAUGAUCAUAUAUUCGUUUAAUAAGCUGAGAUAGGAAUGAACCUUGAGCCUUGUGCCCUCACAUGCAGCCACCUUGACCUUGCAUUCAGGCAAGCCAGCAAACCAACCAACCAACCAACCAACCAACCAGGAAACAUUCAAGUUAGGUAUAGUUUCUUGCUUCAAUAGAACCAAAUAAUGGCUUCAGAAUAAGCAAGAAUAUGAAGCCAUUUUCAAACCAUGGCUUUGUCUCCUUGCAUGUUCCAAAGUAGUUAACCACGGUUUCAUGGCAUGGUUCAUGAAAUGGGAAAGUAUAGCUAACUGGAAAACAUCUUGGUCUGUUAGCAAAGGAUGGAGUGAAGUGGCCAUGAGUGGCUCGUUUAUAUCUUGGCGUAUUAAGCUAAAAUAUAAACAUCUAGAUAUGAACAUGUUGCUCUUAGACAAAUUAAUGGAGGUUAAAUAGCAAAUAGUAGUAGUAGUAAUUUAUAUCCCACCCAUCUCGCUGGGUUGUCCCAUAACCUUCACAAUUAGAAGAAGAGUGUCUCUGGCAGAGCAUCCCGACAUGUAUGUGGCUAGGCAGUAUUUGAAAAAGGAUACUAGGCCAGGUAGGCCCUAAUCCUUCUUUCAAAGUCAUUCAGGUUGGUGGCUAUCGCUAGAUUUAGAGGGAGAAAAUCCCACAGUUUAAUUAUGUGCUGUGUCACAGUAAGAAAGGGGUCAGGGGACUCUAAGGAGUGGAAAUGGGGAAUGCUAAGGUGUGUAUCUUGGCAGGUACCCAGUGAUGUCUACCCUGACACCAUCACAGCUGCAAAGAAUAGAUAGUUAAAAACUCUAAAACUGAUAUCUAAAGUCAUUUUAGAGUUGCUGAAGAAUUUACGCAUGCUGAAAGAUUUUCCCAAAAGAUUGAUGCAUGUGCUCAAGUGUGUAACUCAGCCACAUCUCUGAUUUUGGCUUUAUAUAACAAAACAUGCACAUUUAGUAAUUUCAGAGUUUUAACAUAAUUUUCGUCUCUUUGGUGCAGGAUGCAAGUUAGCUUGCUCCUGAAGGCUGCUUUAAGGCUUGUCCAUGCUUGCCUCUCCUUCUCACUUCUCACAGGCAUGCUCUGCACUUUAAAACACAAUGGCUGAGCACCCCCCUUUUUUUUGCUCCUGGAGGUUCCCCAUGAAAACCUGCUCUUUAAAGCUGGAUCAGAGCAAAUGGCAAUCUGUGGAAAACCCGAAAUGCUGUUUGCUACGAAUCAGCUUUAAAGAGUGGAUUUUCAUGGGCAAAGCUCCUGAUCAAAGAAAAAGGGGGGUGGCACUCAGAGCUUUAAAGUGCAGAUAAGUGUGGAUGAGCCCUUAAUCAAAGCAAGUUUAAAACUAAUCUUUAUGCCUUCCAAAUGUCUUGAAGAUUUGUUAUAUUGUGUAAAUGGCUAAUAAUAGCUUCACCUAUGCUGAACGUAAGUUAAAAAAAAAAACCCUUUAAAGCUAUUUUUGCUGGCAUUUUCAUAUUCAGAAUUCUGGGCACUUAUUGCUUAUUUGCAUGCAAAAAAACCCCACAGUGUUUUCCUAGCUUACCAUAUUGCUUAAAAGUGUUACCCAUGAUUAUACUCAGUGGCUGUGGAAUGCUGACUGGCAAUUGGGGACUGGGUGGAAUGGAAUAUCCUGGAAGAGAACAUGGCUAGCUGGUUGGCAUUCUGAAUAGGAGCAAUUCAAACAACAACAUUUUGUUGCAGGCCCACAUAUCAGGAAACUAUUGGCCUCCUGCCUUUAUUGUACAAAGGGCUGCCCGUUUUGUUCUGUGCCUUUAUGUACAACUACUGCAUUUUAAGCAGAAAAAUAUUAAUCACGUAUAUGAGGGACAUUUAAAAUGAAAUUCCCACUUGCACCAAGAAAGAACAACUGUUAAUAUUUUUAGUUUCUGAAAAAAGCAUGUUUCCAAUCUCAUUUGAGCCUGUGGAGGUGUUACUGUGAUGUUAGCAACUCUGCAACAUGCCAAAUAAACAAACCUAAUAAUAACAUAAAAUUGUAUGGUGAUAACUAUCUGUACAUUCAGGAGCCUUUCUUUAUAAAGUCUGAAAUAGCUUAUUCGAGGAAGCUUGUAAUUUAAUAUUAUUUUUAAGAAAUAUGCCUCAGAUUCAAGAGCAGUGGCGACAUGUGAAUAGGUUGCUAUUAUAAUUUUGGUAGCUGAUAAUGAAGCUUAAAAAAACCUAUUAAUGGAGUUAUAUCGGCAACAUCAUAAUCAGAAGGAGUAUUUUUUGCAAUCAUAAAUAUUUGCCAGUGAGAAUUCCCAUGUGAUUUAGUGUAUAUACAGGUGCUUGAUACAUACUGAGAGCCUGAAGUCUUUCUAAUUUUCAUAAUAUUAGAAAUAUUCCUCCAGUUCACAUGUAAUUUAUCAGGAAAAUCAAAACUGGGAAUGGUACGUUACUACAGUAUCUGCCUUGCUUGCCCUCAUCGUAUUGGUGGGUAGUAUUGCUUCAGGUGGACUUUGCUUUGAUACAUUGACCAUGAUCAGAAAUUGAAAAUGAAUCUGAUAAUGUUCUAGUCCACAAACAACUAGCAUUUCUUGGUCUUUAAGGUGCCAUCAGAGUCUAUAGUUGUUUUGGCUAUCACACAGCCCAGCCAAAUACCACUGGGAAAUGAAACAAUAGGCAUGCUUAAGCCUAUUGAUUUCAGUAGAAUCGAUAAACCUAAGUUUCCUGUGUGGGGUUGUAGCUGCUUGUUUCUUGUCAUAUAAAUUGGGUUGGAUUCAUAGGAACAGAAAAAGCUGCCUUGCACCAUUUAGCAUGCAGCUUUUGAUCUAAAGUCACAUCAGUGGUGGGAGGCUGGAAGAAGGAGACUUGCCAGGAGGGAUGGUGAAAUAUACUUGGAGUCGAGUGUGAAUUUCAUGCUCUUUAUUCAGCUCGUAGUAGCAAUGAAUGAAACUUUCCCCAAAAUGUCUAGCUAUAUACUGUAUACAUUAUUUACACAAUGGGCCCUGCACGAUUGGCUAAUUCUGGGCUGCUCCUGUAGGCCAAUCAGGUUGCGGAUUCACUUUAUCCAGGAGCCUGAUUGGUUGCUCCUGCAGGCCAACAGGUUGCUGAUUCACUUCCACCUGGAGCUGGAUUGGGUGGCUCCUUGCGGACCAAUCAGACUGCUGCAUUCUGGAUCCUAUUGUUCUAGGAUUCAGCUCAGUACAUAACAGAUGGCGAAGCCAAAAUGGAUGGAGGAGCAGAAGCGUGGGGGAACCCUCUUGAUGAGAGCAUUCUGUCCAUCCCUAAGCAGCCCUCUUGGUGGAGAGAGAGAGAGAGAGAGAGAGAAGCUGCUGGGAGAGUGAGCAGGAGUGACAGAAAUAGUGAGAGAUGAGUGGCCUCGCUAUUGUAUUGGCUUUAACUCUGCCUGCUGCUGGCAUGUGGCCCCAACAGAUUACCCCAGAGGAAUGUGAUUCUUGGGCAGGGAGGGAGAAAGUUCCCUCCUCUGAGCUACACCAACUAGCAACAGGCUCUCCGGGGUUUCAGCCAGGGUAUUUCAUCCAUACCUGGAGAUGCCAUGGACUGAAUCUGGGGCUUUCUGUAUGCAAACAUGUGUUCUAGCACUGCACAAUGGUCUUUCAAAGCUGCUCUUCCAAUCACAGAAGAGCUCUUCUAUAUCCAUCACUAGAGCUUUGUUUGAGAAAAGUGGAGGUAAACCCAAAGAUUACGUUCCCUUACACAACAGGCCAGUGUCUAAAGCAGAAGCAUGAGAAUUUCUGUCGUAUGUUAUGGCACUGUGCCAAUUCCAUAGGUGACUAUGACAGCAGUUUGUACGUAGCUAAAACAAAAUGCUGUUCAUCCUGAAGAGAGAACACCGUGUUUUCACACACACACUGCAUAAUAAGCAGUCUCUAAUUACUGCUGUUAAUUUAUCAUCACCACUGUAUCCAUGACAUACUGAAUCUCUCUAAUGGAUCAACCCAUGCCUAAUAUUUGCAGAAUAGCAGUAUUGGCCAUUUUCCUUCUGCCAGGGUUCCUUGAAUCUAACCCUGUGGUUUGGAUCCAGCUGUGGUUGCUACAAGGGGGAGAGUAAAUUCCCCACAUACACGUUUGACAUGAGUUGACAGUGGAGGCGGUACAUAGUAGAGAUAGUACUAUGUAAGCGCAUGACAGAAGUCGUUCACCCGGCUGGGCCGAACUGCAAUGCUGGCUUCCCGGCAGCUGUGUUGCUCCCACUUGCCAGGAGGAGAAGGAAUGAGUGGCGGGGAGGUUGGCUCACAGGCAGAGCCAAUCCAGUGCACCUGCCAUUGCGCCCACACUGCCUGACCUCCCUGCUGCAUUGCCGUUCCCUCUCCUCCCAUUAAGUGGCAAUGAGGCACCUUCUGGGAAGCAUGGUUAACUUGAUGAUCUCAGUAGGUGGUGCUCAUGUUGUGGUAACCAUCCACUCAGCCACUAUGCAGUUGCGAAGUGCUAGUUGUGGCACCUGCCACAUCCAUAGCCAGUUUCAAUCGCUGAAAAGCAAGGACAGGAAUGUGUCUAAAAUCCCUGUCACCACGUUGUGGUCACUGGCGAUUUGACCUAGUAACACAUCUCACCAGCUACCACUCAAUCCGAAGAGCCAUUUCUACUCACUGUAUUAUUCUGUUCAAGGGGAUGUGGGUGGCAUCGUGGUCUAAACCACAGAGCCUAGGGCUUGCCGGUCAGAAGGUUGGCGGUUCAAAUCCCCGCAACAGGGUGAGCUCCUAUUGCUGUGUCCCAGCUCCUGCCCACCUAGCAGUUUGAAAGCACACCAGUGCAAGUAAAUAAAUAGGUACCACUGUGGCAGAAAGGUAAAUGGCAUUUCUAUGCACUCUGGCUUCUGUCACAGUGUUCUGUUGUGCCAGAAGGGGUUUACUCAUGCUGGCUACAUGACCUAGAAGCUGUCUGUGGACAAACGCCGUCUCCCUUGGCCUGAAAGCAAGAUGAGCACCACAACCCCAUUAUCGCCUUUGACUGGACUUAACCGUCCAGGGGUCCGUUACCUUUUUACUUUACCUAUUAUUCUGUUCCCUGUUCCCUAACACCUCUACAGUGGCUAUAUUGGGGUAUAAUUCCUUUUCAAACAUGAAGUUUUUGUAUUGGAUGACCAUAAAUGGGCGAUUGCUUGUUCAAAAGAAUCUCACGCCAUGUGAAAAUCUUGUCCCUAAUGGAGAGGCAAAUUAUUAUAACCUCUUUCAGCAUCGUUCCUUUUAUUUCAUUUUAAAGUGGUCCUGUUUUGUUUUGUUUAGUUUUGUUUAAGAGCAUUUAUGCAUGGAAACGGUACACAGGAGAGGAUUGUGAAUUCACACUAAAAAGAAUAAAGGCUUUAUCCCAAGCAUAGUAAUGAGAGGGAGAAUCAUGAUUUCUAGCAUGCGGCUCCUCUGUCGAAGUAGGAAUAUGCUUGUAGCAUGAUCCAGUGUCCCAAUAGUUGUGUGACAGAAAAUUAUUCAUCAUUAUAUAAAGAUUUGACGGAAACUGAAAGGUUCUCUCAACUCUCAACUGAAAUAUCUCUUCUAUUAACAUGUUAAUGUUUGCACUAUCUGUAUUCUUAGGAAAUGGAAAAUGUGAGCUGUUGCAAUAGGUGCAAUAGAAUCUUUGUUCCUCCACAUGCUGCUCCAUCAAUCCAAUUUGCCAUGCUGCUUGGGGCUGAUGGGAGUUGGAGUCCAACGACUUAUAUUGGGGAGUCGGGCACAGGUUACCCAACCCUGCAGUGUAUUAAUUACAUGUGCUUCAGUAUCUGUGUAACUUGUUUUUCUUCUGUUUUCCCCACAGUUUGUGGCCCAUCCAAACUGUCAGCAACAGCUGUUGACCAUCUGGUAUGAAAACCUCUCAGGACUACGGGAACAGGCCAUAGCGAUCAAGUGUCUAGUUGUGCUGGUGGUAGCACUGGGCCUCCCAUUUCUUGCCGUUGGGUACUGGAUUGCACCAUGUAGCAGGGUACAAGGUUUUGUUUUUGGCUUUUUUGGUGUGUAAAUGAAUUUCAUUUCAGAAAGCCCUCUGUUGAAGUGAGAGACCCAGUCGUGUGCUGAAGGCCGUAUUCCUGUUUCUCUUGAUACCUUGCUGAAACCAAAUAAUUGCUAUUGUUAAUGUAACUGCGAUUACUCGUUUCUGUUACACCAGAAUGUUUUACAGUUUCGUAUCCUGUACUUCUGUUGGGCGAGUGAAUUUGGAGCAUGAAUACUCUUGUUACUAAAAGGAAGUAACACUCUAUGCAAAUCAAAUAAUGCUAAAGAUUAGUGAUUUAUAACAAGUUUCUAAACUAAAUAAAAUAGGUUAUGGCCGCUGUGCUUGGAUGACCUAGGGAAGAGGUCCUAUAUCUUCUUCUCUUCUCUCUUAUGAAGAAAAGCUAUCUCAAGUAUGAUCUGUAGGUACACGAGGCCAUCAUCUUGCUGAAGCUAACGAGGUCUGGUCAAUACAAGAGCCUGAGAACUGCAUGAAUACCCCCUUGGGCUCAAUGAUGGAAGAAAUGUAGAAUAUAAGUCUAUGAAAAGAAAAACACACACACACUAUAAGGAUCAGUAUGUGUUACCCAACAUACUGGUGGCCUCAUAGGCCUCCUGUUAAUGCUGCUUACUUGAGAUAAUAAUAAUAAUAAUUUAUUAUUUAUACCCCAGCCAUCUGGCUAGGUUUCCCCAGCCACUCUGGGUGGCUCCCAACAGAAUAUUAAAAACAUAAUAAAACAUCAGAUAUUAAAAACUUCCCUAAACAGGGCUGCCUUCAGAUGUCUUCUAAAAGUCAGAUAGUUGUUUAUUUCCUUGACAUCUGAUGGGAGGAGGUUCCACAGGGUGGGUGCCACUACCAAGAAGGCCCUCUGCCUGGUUCCCUGUAACCUCACUUCCCUCGCAGUGAGGGAACCCCUAGAAGCCCCUCAGAGAUUGCAACAGUGUGUGGGGUUGCUUUAGACCAAUUAAAAUGUAUGAAUCAAAACCUUUUCAGCUUUUGCACAGGAUUGCCAACAAUUUGGUGCUACUUUUCAUCAAAAUGUGAUUCCAAAACGGUUUACAAAAGCAUAAAAAUAUACAACAGUCAUUUAGGUGAAGGAUUCUUAAGUAUGGCUUUACAAUAGUUAAAUUGCAUGGAAAGAAGUAUCCCUAAAUUGAAAAUUAGCAUAAAAUAUGCAUUUUUGGCAUGUGCCAUGUUUGUUGAAAAUGAAAGCAUACAUUGCUUAAAAACAAAUAUAUUCUCCUUUGCUUUCUCAGCUUGGAAAAGUUCUCAGAAGUCCAUUUAUGAAGUUUGUGGCACAUGCAGCCUCCUUCAUUAUUUUCUUGGGUCUGCUGGUGUUCAACGCUUCAGACAGAUUUGAAGGGGUCACAGUAUUACCCAACGUGACAGUUACUGAUUACCCUAAACAGAUUUUUAGGGUUAAGACCACUCAGUUCAGCUGGACAGAGAUGCUGAUCAUGGUAUGGGUGCUUGGUAUGUAUAUAGCCUCUCUAUCUCAGUGUCAACCUGAUUACUUUCUGUGGCAUUCUUCGAUAAAACUGCUUUCUGUCAUAGCUAUUGUAUGCUGCUCCUGUACAGUGGAUUUAAUUCAUUAAUUCUUUCCAGGGGUCUGUGCGCACCCUGAAAAAUCUGUAUCCAGGGGCACAGAGCGCUUAUGCGCAUGCAUGAGCAGCAAAACCCGGAAAAAUACUUCCGGGUUUGCCACUUUUGCAACCCGAAGUUUACAUUACUAGAGAGUAACCCGAGGGUCUAUCGUAGUAGAUUUCUAGGCAGAGAUCUCACAAACAGAACUACCGUAUUUUUUGCUCUAUAAGACUCACUUUUUCCCUCCUAAAAAGUAAGGGGGAGUGUGUGUGCAUCUUAUGGAGCGAAUGCAGGCUGCGCAGCUAUCCCAGAAGCCAGAACAGCAAGAGGAAUUGCUGCUUUCAUUGCACAGCGAUCCCGCUUGCUGUUCUGGCUUCUGAGAUUCAGAAUAUUUUUUUUCUUGUUUUACUUCUCCAAAAACUAGGUGCGUCUUAUGGUCUGGUGCAUCUUAUAGAGCAAAAAAAUACGGUAAUUAAAACUAAGCAUCAUUAAUGGUUUAGAGUAGGGCUUUCCAGACUUUUCAUGGUGGUGACACACUUUUAGACAUGCAGCAUUUCGCGACACAGUAAUUCAGUUUUACUAGCAAACUGGAGGUUAAACAAACCCCUUUGUAACCCUGGGAGGAGCACGGGGAGCAUUCACACGACACACCUACACACUGCAGCCGACACACUAACGUGUUGUCAUGACACGCAGUUUGGAAAGCUCUGGUUUAGAGAGUGCUACUCGUAAAACGUAUAUUUUUUGAAACAAAGAGCUGGUGUAAGGUUUUGUCGCAAAAAUCGCAUCAGACUUCUUCCCAGUGACCUUAGAUGUUCAAUGCAAAUUACAGCAUAUGUGUUGAAUACCCAAGGGAUCUGGGAAGAAGUCUUUCUCGCUCCAGUAAAUAAAUAAAUCUCACUACAACUUAAAGAGAUAAGAGAAGCAACAUGAUAGGCAGAUAGAUCAGCUAGCCAAAUCUAUAAUGGCUGUGUUUCUUAAUUUAGACUGAACUGAAAAUCUCAAGAGUUUAGUUAAAUAAACUCUGGAGAUUGCACAUCAUUUCCCCAUAGCCUGGGAGUGUCAAUAGCCUUGAUCACUGAUCCCUAGAGCCUUAAAAUAACUCUGGCAUUUUUAUUUUGCUCUUUCAGAGACCUUAUUGUAGAGGACUAAAAAUAAUUUAAAAGUUGUGGGCUGCAACCAAGUCAAAUUCAGAGUACAGCCGUUAAAAUAAACCGGUGUUAGACAAAUCUGUUGAUUUCAAUGAGUCUAUUGUAUGUUGCUCCAGUAGUCUUAUUCUGCAUAUGUCUUAUUCGAAUACUACCCUGUACCUGUAUGCCUUUUCAAUUUCAUUAACAUUCUCUUCAAGUUCAUAUAAAAUGAACAUCCUAUCUAAAAUUGUGGAGGUCUGUUUGUUAUGUACUGAAGUUCUCACCCUGGGCCAGCAGGGGGAUACUGUAGAUAGCUUUCACUCAGGUCCACAUAUGCAGAUAAGUGAUUGAAAGUGACGUUCAGUGAUUGGAUAGUUACAGAAAAUGGUUACUGUUGCGUUCUAGUGGUGCUCUAUAUAAGCAGUUCAGUUCAGUUCAGUUCUGUUGUGGCCUGUGCAGUGGCGUAGCGUGGGGGGUGCAGGGGGGGCCGGCCGCACCGGGCGCAACAUCUGGGGGGGGGGCACGCUCGCACUCGCAGCUCUCUGCCCCUACCUGGCUCACUCACUCUCUCUCACUGCAGUGCUGGCUGUGCGGAUCCGAUCCGAGCCGCUGGGUCGCCGCCCACUGUGGAGGGGGUGGGUGCCAGGCGUGCGGUGCGGAGAGAGAGCGAGGGACUAUCUGGGGGAGGGACAGUGCAGCGGCCGCCCAGCGCAGCGCUGAGCGCGGAAGAGAACCACACCAGACCAGACCAGGCAGCAGCAAGAAGAAGCUGGCAGCGGCGGCAGGUUAGGGGUUAGGGGGCGCAAAUUACUUGCCUUGCCCCGGGUUAGGGGGCGCAAAUUACUUGCCUUGCCCCGGGUGCUGACAACCCACGCUACGCCGCUGGGCCUGUGAAUAAACAAGAGCUGUUUGAAGAAUUGCUGUGUCGUCUGAUAUGUUCACCCACAACUUAACACUGUUCCCUUAGCACAAUAGAAUGCCAGAAAAUUUCAGAGCACCUGAAUCUUCCAUUAGACAUAUGAGUGUGCAUACACACAACACCCCACAUAUACUUUCUCUUUCCUUUUCUUCCUGUCACCUUAAGGUGACCCGGCUGCUCCCAGGCUAGAUGACUGAAUGGAAUAAAUCCAUCAAUGCUGAGCAGCAGUUUCUCUUCUGCAGGUGAGAAUAGGGAAGUGUUACUUUUUCAGGUAGUGCUCAGGAGGGAGGCUGGAAUACUUCCGCCAAGCAGCUGCUGAAGAUUACCUACCUCACUUUCCUGCAAGGACUAACCUAAGUCUGGUAAUCAAGAUAAGAGCUCAGAUAAUCUGAGUGUGAGUUUGGGUUAGAUAUGCAGAUUUAUAUGUCUUGCUUGUAUUCCACUUUGUGCUAACAUUUCACGAGGUCUGUUACACCAGUAAUAUUGCAGAAUGGGCCUAUGACCCUGUACAUAAAUCUAGUGUGACAGGUGAGAUCCUUGCAGUUUUCUGCAUGGAAGUGGCUUUCAAGUAUGGCAUGCCUUGUGUAAAGCAGCUAAGAAAGGCCGAAACCAUUUUCACUUGUACAAUUCCAUUUCUGAAGUCAGUCUCGCAGAGUUCAGCGGCUUGCUGCCAAGUCAGUGUGUAGCAGUCUGCAGUCUUCACUGUGUUUUUAUUGCUUUUCUGGUUUUUAGGCAUGAUGUGGUCCGAGUGCAAGGAGCUUUGGACAGAAGGACCCCGAGAAUAUAUUUUGCAGCUGUGGAACGUUCUGGAUUUUGGGAUGUUGUCUAUUUUCAUUGCCGCUUUCACAGCAAGGCUGCUGGCCUUUCUACAGGCUACAAAAGCACAGCAGUAUGUGGACAACUUCAUUCAAGAGCCAGACCUCUCUGAAGUCACACUUCCACCAAACAUAGAAUAUUUUACUUACGGCAAGUCAAAGAAAUGUUUUCGUGUCUCUAGUAUAUUAAAAUGGCUAGCAUCCUUUUAAAGGAAUAGCAUGAGGAAUCAUAGAAUCACAGAAUCAUAGAGUUGGAAGAGACCACAAGGGCCAUCGAGUCCAAUUAUCACAGGAGAUGCUCACUCAGUGGAGCACAGCUGCAACAAUAUCAUCCUAGCAGCGGCAUUGCUAUUACUUACUGGGAGGGACAGGGUAGAUUGGGUCUACUGGCACAGCCCCACAGCCCCCACAUUGACCCUCCCAGUAAGUAAUAGCAAUUCUGCUGCCACGAUGCUGUUGUUGCAGCUCUGCCCCACCGGGUGAGUUGCACCUGUAACCUCAUAUAACCACCCAAGCAUACUUGGGACGCAGGUGGCGCUGUGGUCUAAACCACUGAGCCUCUUGGGCUUGCCAAUCGGAUGGUCGGUGGUUUGAAUUCCUGUGAUGGAGUAAGCUCCUGUUGCUCUGUCCCAGCUCCUGCCAACCUAGCAGUUCAAAAGCACGAUAAAUAGGCACUGCUGCAGCAGGAAGGUAAAUGGUGUUUCCAUGUGCUCUGGCCUCCGACACGGUGUUUCAUUGCUCCAGAAGCAGUCUGGUCAUGCUGGCCACAUGACCUGGAAAGCUGUCUGUGGACAAACGCCGGCUCCUUCGGCCUGAAGCGAGAUGAGCACCACAACCCCAUAAUCGCCUUAGACUGGACUUAACCAUCCAGGGGUCCUUGACCUUUUACCUUUACCUUUACUUUUUUGAGCCCAGUACAAACUUAUAAAACAAGCCUCCUCCUGAAGAUGCUACUCCUUGCAUAUGACCUUAUAAAUCAUGAAAGAAAAGUUUUGAUUUUUCUUCUGCAAUUUCAUUUAAUACAUUGAUCUCCACCCGUUGGAUCUCUUCUAUCAUGUCCUCAAACAACUUUCUAUUUUUUUCCUAUUUUUGUUUUAACAGCAUCCAGCUUGAAGAAGAGUGUUACAAAGCUUGGUGUCUGUUUUGCAACUUUUAAUAAAUAAAUAAAUCCAAAUAAAUAUAUUAUUCUGUUGAAGUUUUGAAGGGCUACAAACAUUUGAUAAGUAAAUCAAAUCACUUUAAAGCUUUCUGGCCUUUUUCAUCACAAAGUCAUGAAUUAUUUCCUCCAAAUCAACUUCUCUUACAAGGUCGUGGUGAAUUCGAAUUACUCAAAAAUAUCUAUUCAGCGCUAUAAAUAUGUAUCUUUAUCAAGAUAUAUGAAUAUAGAACGGCCAGAUAUUUUAUUUUUUUAACAAGCAAUAAAAAAAUACACAUAAAGCAACAGUUUCUCAUUUAUGUCUCUUUCUUUCAGCUCGAGAUAAAUGGCUUCCAUCUGAUCCGCAGAUCAUAUCAGAAGGUCUUUAUGCAAUAGCUGUUGUGCUUAGCUUCUCUCGAAUAGCUUAUAUCCUGCCUGCGAAUGAGAGUUUUGGCCCAUUGCAGAUUUCCCUUGGAAGGACCGUAAAAGACAUUUUCAAGUUUAUGGUCCUUUUUAUUAUGGUAUUCCUUGCCUUUAUGAUUGGGAUGUUCAUAUUGUACUCCUAUUACCUUGGAGCCAAAGUAAACGCAGCAUUUACGACGUAAGUAAUGCAUAUGAAAAAAGGACAAAAGUUUUGCAUCCUCUUUGUGGUGGAGGCUGCUGGAAGUUUACAGUACAAGUUAGUUUACACAUGCAUGUCCAACACAAUAACUUGUCACUCAGUUCAUUUGAAUGGAUUCAGCUGAUUCUAGCUUCUCCUCUGCCCCCUCCUACCCAUAAUUGCCUAUCCCGAGAGUAAAUGUUACUGAAUGUAUUUGAAUUGCAGUUAUUAUAUAGGUAUAACCAGGUGCAUUAUGUAGUCAGACAAACUAUUUAACAUUCUUAUGUUGUUUUUUAAAAAAUGAAGCUUACAGGGCAUGUGAUAUUGAAGAUUUGUAUGAAUGUACAGCAGAUUGAGAAUGGUAUACCAUACAGUCACUCAUAUAAUAACUGGAUUUUUUCCUGCAAAAAAAAUGCCAAAUCUACACCAUUCAUGGACUAAUGCAUUUAUAGUUGGGGCAUGUAAUAUUGCACAUGUGUGUCCACUGCGCAUGCUAUAAUACGCAGUGACAUAUAAUAAUCAUGCAUUUUUCAUAAAAGCAAGCAAUUGUUAUAAGAAUCACUCUGUGCUAUGUUGAAAUAGCUGUGCAUGCACACACAUGUACAUUUGGGGCUUUUAUAUAUAAAAAGUGCAAGUCUGUUGUGACAAGUUGAGCUAUGCCUCUGCACUAUAUUUCAUUUAAUUUUUGCACAGUUUGCAGGGAGUUCUAGAGAUGAUGCCAUUUACUUUAUUAAACAAGUAUCUAAUCAAAGUUGUAAGGCAGCAUCCUGGUUUACAAGGAUAUAAAAAAUGGCAAUACACCACCACUUUCCCCUGUCAAACUUAAUUCUGUUAAUACAGCUCACCAGCCGCAAACAUAAUUGGCAAUAUGCAAAAAAGCCACAGGGGAAUCAAGUUACCUGAAAACAUUUUAUGUUGCGAGCAUCUUGUUUUGAUUAAAUGUCUGCACUAGGAUCUUUGAAUCAUCUACUUUUAAACAAAACAAUUUACAAGUAUUUAUAUUUGAAUUCAUUAACAUACCAUGUUUUUUUCAUACAGAGUUGAAGAAAGCUUUAAGACCUUAUUUUGGUCAAUUUUUGGCUUAUCGGAGGUCACGUCAGUUGUCCUCAAAUAUGACCACAAAUUCAUUGAAAAUAUUGGCUACGUGUUGUAUGGAAUAUACAACGUAACAAUGGUUGUGGUUUUACUCAACAUGCUGAUUGCCAUGAUCAACAGCUCCUAUCAAGAAAUUGAGGUGGGUACUUUUCUGCUUUAUUUUGCCCACCCACCUUGCAAAGAUUUGUUCUGUAUGUACUGUUUCUCAGCUUACCAUAACUUCUUAGAACAGGCAUAGGCAACCUUCGGCCCUCCAGAUGUUUUGGACUACAGUUCCCAUCAUCCCUGACCACUGGUCCUGCUAGCUAGGGAUCGUGGGAGUUGUAGGCCAAAACAUCUGGAGGCCUGAAGGUUGCCUAUGCCUGGCUUAGACCCUAAGGUAUGUUAACUUAAGAAAGUUCAUGGGAAGAAAGCUUUCCCAUUUCCUCUUCCUCCCUUCAGCUACUGUCACCCCCCACCUAUAAAGUGUUGUAAAAAUAAAGAUAAUGCUGUCAAUGGCUACUAGGCAUGAUAGUCAGAAACUGUAUGCUUAUGAAUCCAUCCAUCCAUCCAUACUCAGUGAUCUAAGCCACUGAGUCUCUUGGGCUUGCUGAUCAGAAGGUCAGCAGUUCGAAUGCACGCAACGGAGUGAGCUCCCGUUGUUCUGUCCCAGCUUCUGCCAACCUAGCAGUUUGAAAGCACACCAGUGCAAGUAGAUAAAUAGGUACCGCUGUGGCAGGAAGGUAAACGGUGUUUCUGUGUGCUCUGGUUUCCUUCACGGUGUUCCAUUGUGCCAGAAGCGGUUUAGUCAUGCUGGUCACAUGACCCGGAAAGCUGUCUGUGGACAAACGCCGGCUCCGUCGGCCAAAAGGCAAGAUGAGCGCCACAACCUCAUAGUCGCCUUUGACUGGAUGUAACCAUCCUGGGGUUCUUUACCUUUUUUUACCUGCUUAUGAAUACCAGUUGUUGGAUACUUCAAUGGGGGAGAGUCGUCUUGUGUUUGGGUCUUGCUUGCAGGCUUCCUGUAGGCAUCAAAUUGGUCAUUGUGAGAACAAGAUGCUGGACUGGACAGGCCAGUGUCAUGAUGCAUGAUUCUGAUCGGCUGCUCUUGUGACUGCAGGCCCCUCAUAUAAAAAUUAAUAGUGAGAUAACUUCACACUCCAUUUCUGUACAUAUUUAUUUCCAGCGUUUAGAUACUGCCCCAUCACAAAAGAAUCCUUUGGGAGGUUUACAAGUGAAAAUUAAAACCAUAAAAUAUAAUUAUAAUUCAUCUCUGUGUUAAUAAGAACAUAGGAGAAGCCCUGAUGGGUGAGAGCAAAGGUUAGAUUUUCAAAUUCUCUGUAAGCAUAACAUGUUUUCCAAAAUUGAAUAAAUACAAAUGUGCCUGAUUUGCAUAAUUAUUAUGACCUGAGUACCAGGAAAUAGGAGAUUUACUGUAACAACAUAGACACCCACCCCUCCACCUCACAUAAUUAAUUUUGUGAUUCUGAUAAAUAAUUAUGUCACAUUCUAUCAACACAGUCAUCUUUGCUGUGUCAACAGGACUCUGUGGUGCUGCCGAUUACAUUAAUAUGAAAACAAAUACUAAAGGGUCUUUAAAACCUGAUUUAUUGUAACAUAAGCUUUUGUAGAUAUCUUACUUGUUAAGAUCCAGGAAGUAUCAAUUUCAGUUUGAAGAUAUAUCCAUGUAUACUAGGUUGGAUCAAAACGUGCAUUUCUGUGAACAGAAGGAUCUCUACUAAGCAGACAGUCUUGCUAACAAAAAGGGGUGUGAGACCAUUUUUGCCAGUCCCCCCCUCCCAUAUUUAAAAAGGUUAAUAUCUGGUAAGAGUUGGUGAAAAUGCAUUCUGGGAGUGUGUUAUGAUGACUAAACUGCAUUUCCAAAUAUUAAUUAUUCAGCGUGUAACCUAAGCAUCUUUUUCUGCUUACCAUAUUUAAAGCUUGGUUCUAAUCCUAGGUGCAUAUUAGAAAUACGUAGGUGUUUAUUCUAAAACAGCCAAGGCUGUACUUAACAUCUGCAGGGUGUCAGAUUUUCAAAGAGGGCUAAUGUGUGUUACUUAAUCAAUUACUGAUAGCCACAUUUUUUAUUCCAGAAAGCGCCUUAUUCAGCAGGACUGCAAAACACAUCAUUAAAAAAAUUAAUCAUAUCAUCCUGGAUGUUUAUGUUCUAAACACAGUGCAGUUGAAAUAGAUAAUAGUAUAUUUUACAUGUAAAUAAGAUGUAAGCAUGCUUGGCAAAUAACUCCACUAAUCUUGGUUCUCAAGAGAAACUUCCAGCGCUGUAGUGUUAUUUUUUAGUAUCCCGAAUAAAUAAGAAUGUUAUGCAUCCUGGGAAAUUCGAAGAAAGUUCAGUAUGUUUUCAGACUAAUUGACUGCUUUCUUUUUAAUUUUAUUGAUUAGAUUUUUAUCCCACUCUUCUUCUAAGGUACUUAUUGCCCUGUACAUGUUUCUCCUCCUCUGUAUUUUAUCCUCACAACUCUGUGAAGCAGGUUAGGCUGAGAGUGAUUGGCUCAUGAUGAUCCAGUGAGCUUUGUGGCUUAAUGGGGAUUUGAACCCCAGUCCCCACUGUCCUGGGCCAACACUCUUAUCGAUACAACACUGACUCUUCAUAUGUUGCAAACAAUGGUAUUUUACAGUGUUGAACCUCCUCAGACCAUUUCUUCAGUUUAGCUGUGGGGAACACGUCCAAAUAACUCUGCAUUGUUAAUAGGUUUAUUUUUAUUACUUAGAAUUAAAGCUCUCUGUAUUGCAUUAUCCAGCUCUUGAAUGACUGGGGGUUUCUAUUCAGAGCAACAGAGUUUCAGACUGAAAGAAUCCCCCCAAGAAAUUUGUGUUCUGGCAUGGGGCUUGUGUUGUUGUUGGUUUUUUAAAAAAUCCUACUAGGCAUGGCUAAAUUUGUGGAAGUACGUAAGUCACUCUUUGGAUAUCAGCCAUACUCUUGUUUUGUCCCAAGAGUACUGAAAAGAAGACGACGAGAUUCAAGGACUUGGGAGUCAUAGAAUAUAGUGGGGGGGGGGGAGGAAACAGGUUGGAAUCCUAAGCAUACUUAUUAGGAAGUAAGUCUCAUUUUAUUCAGUACAUCUGGGUAAAGAUGUUGAUGAUGAGACGGAGAGAAUUGGGAAAAGGUGAACCUUUGACACAACAAAAGUGAAUAUUUAAUGCCAGCAGUAGCAGCCCAUAACCAGGAGACUCCAUACUUCAGAAGAUUGCCCUCCAACUUGUGGAGGGUGUUCAGAACAAGGAUGCUAUGUAUGUGGAGCUACGGUGCUAGAUCCUGCAGAACUUCCUCCCACCCCGGAAUGUUUACUGAACAUUACCAGAGAACACCUGAAGUGUGAGCACCACUGGAUAUGCCUAAACCCUGCCACUUCCUUGCAGGAUACUUCAUAUGAGUCACUGGAGAACAAGUAUGGCUUGAGAGACUUUGGUAAAGAAAGAGGAGGACUCUGUAAUCCUGAAGAUCAGAAUGUGGUGUGAUAACACUUGUGCUUCUCAGUAAACCUUGUUUUACCCAGGAGACAGAGCAGGGAGUGUACAGUGGUACCUCGGGUUAAGUACUUAAUUCGUUCUGGAGGUCUGUUCUUAACCUGAAACUGUUCUUAACCUGAAGCACCACUUUAGCUAAUGGGGCUUCCUGCUGCUGCCGCGCCGCCGGAACCCGAUUUCUGUUCUUAUCUUGAAGCAAAGUUCUUAACCUGAAGCACUAUUUCUGGGUUAGCGGAGUGUGUAACCCGAAGUGUAUGUAACCCGAAGCGUAUGUAACCCGAGGUACCACUGUAGUCCUUUGUUCUUCCUUCUUUCUACUAGUUAUUCACUGCUGUUUCUGUUUCUUGCCUCUUCUCUUCUCAUCUUUUUUAUAAUUGAAAUUGCUUGUUUGUUAUUCAUGUUUUUAUCCAGUAAGGCACUUUAUGUGUCCCUGCACAGAAAAGUGGGGUAAAAAUAAUGUGCAGUCGAAUAAGACCAUUCAUAAAUAAAUAAAUGGACAUUUCUUUGUUCCCAAUGUAGGAUGACAGUGAUGUGGAGUGGAAAUUUGCUCGCUCUAAGCUCUGGCUAUCAUACUUCGAUGAUGGGAAAACCCUGCCGCCUCCAUUCAGUCUUGUCCCAAGUCCCAAGUCUUUUGUUUAUUUCUUUAUAAGGAUCAUUAAGUUAUUUAAGUGCAGGCGGAAAAGACUGCAGAAGGAUAUGGAACUGGGAAUAGGCAACUCAAAAUCCAGGGUAAGUGCAAAUCAGACUCACUCUGUUUCAUGGAACAUUAUUUUUUUAAGCUUUUGCUAUUUCUUGAACUCUAAGUAAUGGUUUGCACUGAUGAAGUAUGCAUUGCUGAUCACAUUCUAGGGUCUUUUCCAGAUGUUGUUGGACUACAGCUCCCAUCAUCCUUGAUAAUUAGCCAUGCUGACUGGGGCUGAUGGGCAUUGGAGUAUAGUAACAUCCAGAGGGCCACAGGUUUCCCACCUCUGGUCUUCUACAUAGUAGGGAAAGAACCAAAAUAUGGAAUAAUGAAAAUAACCAAAGUAUGUCUGCAUCCAAUCUCACAUAGAGAAAAAUGCCCCAUUUGAGGGAGAUUGCUGGUGAGAGCUGAAUUGUAAGCUAUAUCAUGGAAAACUGAUUGUACCCCACAAGAAAACAGAUGUAUAUGGGGCAUUGCAAACAAAUAAGGCCUUUUCCCUUUCCAGUAAGCCCCUUUUGUCAUGCAAUCCCUGUGGCAUUAUUGGGUGAGUUAGCAGAAUCAGACCUUGCUAUUGCGAGUGUGUUAUGGGGGGGGCUAUUGGAAGCAUCCUCUCUCAUUCAGUUCCAACAUACCUUUUCUUUCCAGGGUUAAUUUCUGGCAAAACCAGAUUCCCAGUCUCUGGAAUAGUUUAUAGGGAUGCAUGUGUAUCAGAGUUGGCCCGCCUUGGGCAGUGAAAUUCUGCAGAGUGGCACCCCUGCUAGCGCACUGUCCCUGCUGACACAUGACCCUGGUAUGCGAGGCUUUGGCAGAGGGGCAGUGGCAGAAACAUCUGGUUUCUCCUCAAGCUGUGAAAUGGGCUGGCCUGGCCUAGUGUGUGUGUGUGUGUGUGUGUGUGUGCGCGCGCACACACACACAGAUAUAUAUAUAUAUAUAUAUAUAUAUAUAUAUAUAUAUAUCACUUUAAACGAUUAAGUAGCUGAAGCAUAGGAGAGAUUAACAGUGAGAAUAACAAGCUCCUUCUCUCUGUUUCAGUUUUGUCAGUAUUCCUUGCACUGUUGUUUAUUUUAAUACGAUGCUAAAUUAGUAAUACGAUGCACUGUUGUUUAUUUUAAUACGAUGCUAAAUCUUAAAUUAGUACGUUAUAAUAGUUAACUUCUCGAAUCUUCUUUAGCCUGGCCACAAGCUCAGCGCUUGGGGAGCUACUAGCCAGUGCAAGCUAGUCUUUAAGUGUGUGGAAUGUUGAAUUUGUCUUCCAUACUUGAUUCCAGUUCAAAGAAUAGGUAAAAUACAUAUUCUUAUUUGAGCACAUCCUUGAAGUUGAGAAUAAAUACAUGCACAAGUAGUUUGUGGAAUUACAGCUCAGCUUGCUUCUUUCAGAAUGUUUUUGCAUAAAAAUAUACAUUUCUGUAAUCAGUUAGUAAUAAAGCAAUGCCAGAUUACAGUUGCAAAUUCCAUGGAAAAUAUUCUGAUUUUAGAUUUAUUCUUUCCUAGCUCAAUCUCUUUUCUCAAUCCAACUCGAGGGUUUUUGAAUCACACAGCUUUAAUAGCAUUCUCAAUCAGCCAACACGCUAUCAGGUGAGUAGUUAGUUGGGCAGUACAUGCAGCCAUGAUUAUCUAAAUAAAUUACAAGUUUCCAUGCAGCUCUGAAGUUGGACUGCCAAUUCACAAACAAAUAUUUUGUGACAGAUCUGUUAAUAGCUUAGCACAGAGCUUGCAGGAAGGAAUCAUUUUCCUGCUUGCUGCUAUUUUCACUGCUCUGAUGCCAAACCCCCAAAUGACUUAUUAAAACUUGGGUGAGUUUCGAGGUUGUGUGGCAGAAACUGCUGGGAGAAAAUGCUGAGAAAUGUGCCAGCAAAUUUAUUGCUGAUAAGCUGCACACCCCUGGACUGUAGCCCACAGUGAUUUCACUCAGGAAUAUUCAGUUAAUUAAUUGAAUGGUUCAUUUUAAUUAAUUGACCUAAUUCACGAGUAAGUGCAUUUUGUAUAUCUGCAUUAUGAAAAACCUUUAGAACCAUCAAAAUUUCAGAUUCUCCAAGUGUGUGGCCAAUACACCAACCACCCAUAUACAAGAGGGAAGUAUUAGAAGGCUCGGGAGAACAUAAACAUUUGGAGCAGUGUAACAGCUUUUUUUGGGGGGGGGAGCCCUAAGGGUAGCAGGAAAACAUUAAUUUUUUUUAACUUAGUGAGAACAGAUAAUGCUCAGAGGCUGCCAAACCCUUGACAAUUGGUGGUGGUGGACCCUGGAAAAUCAGGGGGUGAGGAAUAGAAUGGUGUGUUCUGGAAAAGGGGCAUGCUAUGUGACUGGAAUUCUAAACAGAAACACUGUGUAUGCUGUAACAUUGUGUUGCAAGCCCAAUUUGUAUUAUUAAAUGGAGAAUGGAACAAUUUCAGUUGUAAAACCUUAGAUUUGGCUGAUCAAAAGCUGGCACAGAAGGCUGAAAAGGUUAAGGCAUAGGAUGUGCUUUUGACUGUCUUUCUCAAAGUCCAGGCCUGCGGGUUCAAAGAAAAACGAGUUAUAGCGCUGAAAGAACAGAUUCAUCAACAUCAUUUUAAAGCACCAGUUGUGUUGAAUGCUAAGCUUACAGAACACUUUUCUAACAAAAGGUCAGAAUGCAAGACAGACCAUAUUGAAAGGAUCCAGGAGAGUGAUGGAACAUGAAUAAUUUAAAUACCAAUCUGCAUAAACAAACACAAGCAUAUUAUUCAGAUACAGUGAUAUGAAAGAUUUUUCCCAUGCCCUUCUCUCUCUCCCUCUCCCUUUCUCUCUCCUGUUGACAUAAGUCUGACCUUGAGCCAUAGAAUACCUGGGAUUUUUAUUUUCUGAAUUGGAAAUGCAGACCAGCUCUUCAGCGACUGCUAUGAUUGCAUACAAGGGAGGGGAGUAUGAAUUCCGGCCCAGCUUGACAAUUUCUGACAGCAGUCCUGGGGGGAAAAAAAAUUCUCCCCACUCACAGAAAUGGCAUGUGAUGUGAGCACAUUUUUGUUUGCUUGUUUUUUGUCCAGUGGACAAAAGGGUUACAAAUGAAGCCAGAAACAGGUAGAAACAACAACACCAUGAAGAUCUCUGUACAGCCCUAGCUGCAUUGGCCCAUAUACUGGGACUUAUUUAUUAUUUAAUUCAUUGAGGAGGCAACUUCCCGGGCUCCUGACUCUGUAUUGUACAUGCCAAUGAGAGCAGAUAACUCUGUGAAGCUGCCAUAAUGUUGCUUCUGGCUGAAGCCUUUGUCAGUUGUCCCUUUGCCAUCACUAUAAGUAAGACCUGAAAGAAAAGUGUGGCAGUUUAUCUUUAUCCCAUAACAUGAAUGCUCUACUUCCAAUGUUCCAACCAUGUAGGCAGGAAUGCCUUCCCCCAAAAUUCAGUUCUGCAACCUGUAAGGGACUCGAGUGGUUCAUUCUGCCCGUUCAUUUUCCCUUUCAGUAUUUUCUAAGUAACACUCCGUGUUCUAUGGCUCAAGCUCAGCCUUUGUUGGGCUGUUUUGGGGAGAUUAAACUCCUUUUGGGGUGUAUGCACGUACUGUACUUUUUUUGGAACUUCUUUUGGCACUUAGGAUCUCUUAAGGCAGUAGUUUUCAACCAGUGUGCCAUGGCACCCUAGGGUGCCUUGAAUGAUGGUCAGGAGUGCUGCGAGCAACACUUGCUUCUGCCCCUAUUUUCUUCCCUCCUUCCUCUGAUGCCCUCUUGCGUCUCUGCCUCCCAAAGGCUUGCAAAGCUGUUUGUUGCAGCAGCACUGGCUACAAACCCCCAAACUUGGCCCUCCAGCUGUUUUGGGACUACAAUUCCCAUCAUCCCUGACUACUGGUCCUGUUAGCUAGGAAUGAUGGGAGAUGUAGUCCCAAAACAGCUGGAGGGCCAAGUUUGGCCAUGCCUGCUAGGCGAAUGGUGCCUCUGGGGCUGGCCAGGGGAUGCUGGUGCCAGGAGCUGAAGUGGCCUUGGAGUAAGCAUGGAAGCAGGCGAGGGAGCUCAGCCUGUCAGCCAGUCCACCAGCCCUUGCUGUUGGGAAUGGACAGACAUGUCUCAGGCCCCUGUGGGGCAGUGUGAGGACCUCUCUUUGGGGCAGGGGGCACAGCUCUGAGAUCAGGGAAGGGAACAGUGGCUGACAGGAGGACUUCCAAGGAGAGGGGAGACGAGAGGAAUUUGUGGGAACACUUCCCAAGGGAGGGUGUUCAAAAAGGUGUGAGGGGCUGCCAGCUCUGCAGGCCAUGGGUGACAUAACUUGGCUCCUGAGCCUCAUAGGGGUGCCACAGAAAUAAUGUAGUUGGUCAGGGGAGCCAUGGACUCAAAAAGGUUGAAAACAACUGUCUUAAUGAAUUCAUAGGCUGACUUUCUACCAAAGUGCACAAGGCUCACAUACAAUAAAUACAGUACUAAAUAAGAUAAAAAUAGGGAGCCAGUGUGGUAUAGUGGUUAAGAGUGUGGCACUAAGACAUGGGAGACCAGCGUUUCAAUCCCCACACAGCCAUGAAGCUCACUGGGUGACUUUGGGCCAGUCAAUGCCUCUCAGCCUAGCCUACCUCACAGGGUAGUUGUAAGGAUAAAAUGCGGGAGGAGAACUAUGCCCAAUCACCUUGAGCUCCUUGAAGGAAAGGUGACCUACAUAUGUAAUAAAUAAACAAAUAAACAACAACAAAAGCCGCCUAAAACAAAACCAAUUUACAAGCUGAAACAAACUCAUCAGUAGGAUCCCUGCAUCUGCCCUAGUUCUCGACGCCUUAUCCUUUUACUACAAACCAUUAACUCUAAUGGAUGAGGUAGAUAAUAAUAAUAAUUUAAAAAUCCAGUGCCGCUACAAAACCUCCUUGCCUGGCUUUUCCAGAGUAAUCAAGUUGCAGUUACAUAACCCUUGUCUUGCAAAGUCCCAGACACGGUGUCAAAACACAACUGAACAGGAAGUGUUUUGUCACAGUCAGUGUAUACUGUCCUCUUCUCUAUGCUUGUUCAUGGUGAUAACCUUCCUCUUGUUUCUCAGUCCAGCCGCUUUGGCUCUUGGCACAGGGACACUGUGUUUGAGGGAGUGGUUUGACUUGAAGAAGUCAUUCCCGCACAAAAUGCCCCACCUCACGAUUAAAAAGGUGGAAUUCAAUGAGCAACCUUUGCUGACACCUUGUGGUGAACAGGGGUUGCAGCCCUGAGAGGGAGCCUAAAGGUUGCAAGGUUUGUUUUUACGUAUUUUCAGGGAGAAAUAAGUGUAUGGCAGAUAUUCAGGGUCCUUCUAUUUACUGAAACAGCCAGGCAUGUGGUGCUCUAUUAUAUCUGGUACUAUCCAUGUCUAGUUUGGGCAGGGGAGGGGAAUUAAAUGGCUCUGUGUGGCAUCCUGUAGGGUCAGGAUCUCUUCCAGUCUGUGUAGCUCUGUGAGUUGUAUGUGUGAGAAAGAAUUGAUUGUACUGUUACCUUUAUGACAUUCAAAGCAUCGUGAAAUGAUAAACAGGUGUGGUGUUGUUGUUUUUCUCCAAUAGCAAAUCAUGAAGAGACUUAUAAAACGUUAUGUUCUGAAAGCACAAGUAGACAAGGAAAAUGAUGAAGUCAAUGAGGGUAAGAGCUACUGCAGACUUCUUAAUAUACUUGUACAGUAGGAAGACUCUGAAUGCUGUCCCAAAAAUGUAGCUACUGAGUCAGAUCAUAGUGCAGUAACCGGUACACUUAGUGCCUUUUAUUGACUAUCAUCACCUCUUAUUUUGCUGCCCACAGCAUUUUUAUCAAGAUAUGAGUACUAGGCACCUUUGCCAUUACACACACAAAAAGCACUGCCUAUACCACAACUACAACUAUACUUACAACCAGAUGUUUUAGCAGAAAUUGGGAGCAAGUCACACAGCAACUGCAGAAACAUAUUUCCUUUUAUUUUUUUGAGGUGAGGCUAAUUCUUGGUUCACCAGAAACUUAAAUAAACUCUCUGCUGAAGCAGGCAUCAUUUAUUCGCUUUUUAAAAUUCAUUCAGAAAUUUUAUAUACCGCUGGAUGGUAAACAAAGCUCCAAGUGGUUUGCAAAAAUAUAAAGUAAAACAUUAAAAUUGUCAAGUUAAAAGCAGGCGUUUCAAAAUAUGCGUCAUGUUAGCCAUCUGUUGCACUGAAUUCAUGUAUGAUGUCAGGAUAGGGGAAAGAUUCGUGAAUAGGGAACCUGUGGCCCUUUCGAUGUGGUUGGAGUCCAACUCCUGUUAACCCUGACCAUGGGCCAGGCUGGCUGUGGCUGAUGGGAACUGAAGUCCCACAACACCUAGAGUGCCACAGUUUCCUUAUCUGAUUUAAUUGGUGCCUUGAAGGUUUAAAUAAAUAAGUAAAUAGCUAGCAGAGAAGGGGAGACUUUGAAGGAAACCUUCACUGGUGGAACUGAAAACACUCUCACAUUUUCUUACAGGGAGGAUGUUAAUAUGCUUUCAAAAAGUAAUUCCCAAAUAUGUACUAUGGGGAAAAGGCAGAUUGGAGACUAAAAAAUGCACUUGAAAUAGAAUGCAUUGAUUCACAGAUGACAUUAAAAAAACAACCCUCAGGAAACCUGAAUUAUGAUUGUAAAUCCACCUUUGUACAUAUGUGGCCACUGGCUGAUUUAAAAACUUAAUACAGACAUACUGAAAAUUGCCUUUCUGCCUUUCAUAAAUGUGCACUCAUAAUAGGAGAACAGCUCAGAAGCUAUUUAAAUGGUACAGGUGAAGUAAUCUGUCUUAAGCUUAAGAAGGCUUUGCCGAUAGCCAUCUUCUAUUCCAAACUGGAAUAGGUUAGAGUCUUUAGUUAUGAAAGAUAAUGUGAUGGGGGAUUAAUACUUUGAGUGAAGGUUUCGAUCUGCAGAAAAACCCUUCAGCAGCCAACUUACCCUCCAGAGAUCUGGGGGAUGCGAAAGAGAGAUCCUUGCCUCUUUGGCUCCCAGGAUAAAUAUUUAAAAUCAUGAACCUGCCUCAGUCCAAACUCAUGAAAAUCUGUAUGGAGGAAGCAAUCCCAGGGGUUCUUUUUAUUUGUCAGCUUAUUGUAGGGGACAUGCACAUGUUUUCCCUGUAAAAUCUCUUGAGCUAAAUUAAACUUCUGUCAACAAAUGUGAAGAUGAAUAGUUGCAUAUGAAUGCUAUAAACUAAUUCUGUAGAGCUGUAAACUCUGAACUGCUUUAUUUUUGAAUUGGACAAAAUAAAGUAGUUUAAGACAAAGCAGCUAAAAAUACUUAAAACCCCAAAUACCAGUGGUAGUGACCUUUAAAAACAUAUCCAUGUGAGCUGAAUUCUCUUCUAAAAUUAGCUAAGAAAAAAUAUGUGACCUUAAUACCUCAAGGAUGUUGCUUUGCUGCUGUAAGAUAUGAAAUGUUUGUAAGAGUAUGGGAAAUACAAUGAAUGCUAUUUGUCAUUUUUGGCUUAGAAGCAUGAGAGUUGCAUCUUAGACCGUCAAGAGAAUAAAAGCAUACUUAGAUUUUUGUUGAAGCUUAUUUCUUCCACACAUCACAUGAAGACCACACACACAGAAAAGUGAAUUGCAGUCCUUUAAAAUGACCCAGUUACAUUUAUUUCAAUCCAGUUUCUAAUGUCUUGUUAGUCUACUGUUAUAUAUAUUGAGGACUGAUUGGAAUGGACACUUUUGAAUUUUGCUAUUAAUUCUUCCCUUUGCACAACCUUGAGAUUCCUCAUCUUUUUCUCAAAUGUCAUACUUCUCAGAGCUGAUGUUGGUUUCAAUAGGUGAUGUAUGCUAAGCAUGACAAAGUCUGGAUGCAACCCAGUGUAUUUAACAGUCAGAAAUUUGAAUAAUAAAUUAUUAUAGCAGAGGUACUCCAUUUGAUAAUGCAUAUUUCGUGUGGAUUUUGCCAAAGCUAAGCACCAAUAAGUUCCAUUAGAUCAAAAUGGGAGCAUCAAGCAUUUCAGGGGGGGUGUAAAGCAUUAAUUUCAACCACUGAAAUUAAUAGUAAUGUAAAAGUGAUUAACUUUGGCUGGAUUGUGUCUUGUGUUCAAAAUGCAGUUAAAUAAUCAAACAGGUAGAGGACACAUCAUUGCUUGUUAUCAGCCCCACCAGUUCAAAGAAGAAUACAGUAAAAGCUUUAAGUAAUCUAACUUAAUAGUUCAGUAAAGCUUGCAGUCAUAAUGGAAACAAAAAUAGAUAAUAAUAAUAAAUUGUCCAGUAGCACCUUACAGACCAACUUAGUUUGUUCUGGUAUAAGCUUUCGUGUGCAUGCACACUUCUUCAGUCAUAAUGGAAUUACUUAUGUAAAGCAGCUCCUUAUAUAAUUCAUCAGCAUAGGUUUAAAACAUAAGAAUAUAAGAAGAGUCUGAUGGAUCAGGGCAGUGGGAUACCUAUUCCAGCAUCCUGUUGUCAGUUGCCUAUUGUAAGCCUGCAAGCAGGACCUAAGUAAUAAUAAUAUUAUAAUAAUUUAUUAUUUAUACCCCGCCCAUCUGGCAGGGUUUCCCCAGCCACUCUGGAUGGCUUCCAACAAAAUAUUAAAAUACAAUGGUCUGUUAAACAUUAAAAGCUUCCCUAAACAGGGCUGCCUUAAGAUGUCUUCUAAAAGUCUGGUAGUUGUUUUUCUCUUUGACAUCUGGUGGGAGGGCGUUCCACAGGGUGGGUGCCGCUACCGAGAAGGCCCUCUGCCUGGUAGUAUCCAGUACUACUUCAAAUGCUUGGUCUUUGUAAGCUGUGUCAACAACUUUCUUUUUACCAAUUACACAGGUGAACUUAAGGAAAUUAAGCAAGAUAUUUCCAGUCUUCGCUAUGAACUCCUUGAAGACAAGUCUCAAGCUACAGAGGAGUUGGCAAUUCUCAUCCAUAAACUCAGUGAGAAACUCAACCCAAAUUUAACGAGAUGUGAAUGAUCUCAAAUCCCUGGAUUUUGACCACAGCACAAGUAUUGGCAAUAAUAUUUAUGAGUGACUUAUACUUGAAAAUGUAUUGUAGAUUUUUAGCACUAAAUAACUUUAUGUACAGCUUUAUUUGAAAUACAGUCUUAGAAGAUUUUAUGAAUUUACAUGCAAAAAACCCAUUUAUUUAAUGUGUAUUAUAAAGGAUAUUUUGCAUUUAUUUAAUAAGGCGCAAUUGUAUCUAAACAAUCUUGCAUUGCAAAUAGUUUUAUCAAUAAAAUGUAUAUCAUUUGCACUGAACAAAGAAAAAACAACACUGAAGACUAGGGCUGCAAUCCUAAACCGGUUUACUAGGGAGGUAAACACGUUUAGGAUUGUACUGCAUAUGUCCUCCACCAUGCUGAUGGGAGAUGUAGUAACCAAAAUACAGCCAGCUCAGUGAAAGAUUACUUGAAGGUACUUUGCAUAUGAUCCAGUUAAAAUUAAAGCACGUUGAACUCCCAUUGAUUUCAGUGGCAUGCGCUUCUCACACUGAUGUAAAAAGCAAACAGCACAAUCCUGUGCAUGUUUCCUUGGAAGCAAGUCCCCCACGUUUAGUGGGCCUUAGAUUGCAAUCUUAUACAUGCUUCCAUUGAACUCACUGGAGCUUAUUUUGGAGUGGACACGUAUAGGAUUGCACUGCUGCUUCCUAGUAUGGAUACUUGGACUAACCUUUUUAAGUGCUUAAUUUUCACUGGAUCACACCCCUUGAUUUAUCAGCUUUCUUAAGAAACAAGCCAUGGCAUGGACAACUGAAUGUUUAAUAGUGAAGAUAAAAAUGCGGCUAUAAUAGUAAUAGUGCCGUUAAAAUUACCUAUACCUAUGUAAGUUUGCAUAUUUGCUUUCAGAAUAGGAAGUAUUUUUUUUUUACUUCUAACUAAUGUGAACUGUCAAAAUAUACCUUUUCAUGUGGUGAAGAUGAUUUUUUAAAAUUUAAGAUACUAUGCAGGGCUGAUAUUUUGUUACAUUUGUUCUAAAUAAUGCCUCUGAUGCGUACUUGUUAAAUAAAAUAUUCAUACUUU